AUGCUCAUAAAGCGCGCGGAGCAGCAGCGCGGACUGCGCCGCCUGCUCUUGAGAGCAGAUGCAACCGACCAGUACCGUGCCACACUCAUAGCAGUCAGGAAAAAGACACUUGCGUACAUAUUCAUCGCUGUCACGUAAGACACUAUCUUGCACAUGGCUUUUCCAAAAAGCCAGGUGAAGUCCAAAGCGUUCUCCACUGCCCAAAAAGGGAGAGUUAAUACAAACUGGAAAUCAGUCACCGCUAAACUCGUCACGAAAAGGUUAAUGGACGAUUUCUUCCAUUUAGACUUCAUGAGGUAUAAGACAAGGAUAUUUCCUAUCAACCCCAAUAUACAGACCACAGAGUAAAUCACAGAGAUUAUUAUUCUCAGGACGGCGGAUCCAUCCCCAACUAAAUCAUUUUUCUCCAAAUCAGACAAGUACUCUCCAAAGGACUGAUUUGUUUCGUUAAGCAUGAAAGAGAAGUUCAAGUCAGCAACAGGAUAUAAUUCAGAACCUUCAUCGGUUUGUUCCCCCUGCAUCUUUGACCUCAGUCCCGCACUGCUGCCGCUCAGAAAAUCCAUCUCAUGUCCUGCCAGUUGCCUCGGAUGUUAUGCGUGUUGAGACGCACCUGCUGCAGCUUGGUCUCUCUCACAAUGCUAUGGGUAGUGUUCUUGUUGCUUCUUGCUGACACACACACAACAACCUGCUUGAUGUCAAAUCCACUUUGAAAUGGUCGAAACACGAUCCCAGAUAACAACUGACAUAAAAGUACAAGUGUUUUCGUACAUGUAUCCAUUACCAAGUUUUGAAUAAAAUAAAAAAAAUAAAAAUCGUUUUUAUAAGUAAAACAUCAUGCAUAAAAUCGUGCUGUCCGCAAUGCUGGUUUCAGGCAGUUUGCUUACAUGAGCGACAAUGGAUCUAUCCAAAUCAAAUGGAUCUAUCCAAAUCUCCUCUUCUCCCCACUGCAGUAAAUCUUUAAUGGAACGACAAGGGAGUCAUAAACCAUUUCAGCUCAUGCAUUAUAUCAUAGACCCAUAAUUGUAUUACUCUGCCAUUCAUCCUGGAGAGCUCCAUAUCACCUGCAAAACUUCAAUAUAAGGUCAACUUAAGUUUGUGCCUUCAAUUCCACUGCCACAUGAUCCGCAGCUGUGUGAGAGAGCCAUGCUUUAAUUGAUUUGAUGCAGUGAGAUAGUAAAACAAUCCUUCUCUUUAUCCUCAUCUGUUUUACAAGGCAGGUCGCCCUACUCUAUGACCCCAACAAGUGUCACGGGACUUGUCUGAAGUCGGUAAAGCUGAUGUGGCAACUUCUGUCUGUAGUGUCCGAAACCUUUGAGCUACAAACUAAUAUGACCCCACUAUGGAAAGGGGAGACUCUCACGAACACGAUGCUGUUCUCCAUCUCAAGGUAACCCACACAAACGAAUGGAAAUAUGGAGGUCGUUUUAUGCCAACAAAAAUAACCGGUUAAAUAUGUGUCCAAGAAAACCCAAAUAUUUCCUGAGCUUUCUUAUAUCUCUUAAAUAUAGGACAGACACUUCAAAACCUUAUUCCUUAUGAUUAAUUAUUUGACUGUCCUCAAUAUUUUCUUAAAUCAUUUUUUAAUACAAAAAAAUUAUACCUGAAGGCUAAAAGAUUCAUGUUAUGUACAGUCAUGGUCAAAAGUUUUGAGAAUGACACAAGUAUUGGUCUUCACAAAGUUCGCUGCUUCAGUGUUAUGAGAUAUUUUUGUCAGAUGUUACUAUGGUAUACUGAAGUAUAAUUACAAGCAUUCCAUAAGUGUCAAAGGCUUUUAUUGACAAUUACAUUAAGUUUAUGCAUAGAGUCAAUAUUUGCAAUGUUGACCCUUAUUUUUCAAGACCUCUGCAAUCUGCCCUGGCAUGCUGUCAAUUAACUUCUGGGCCACAUCCUGACUGAUGGCAGCCCAUUCUUGCAUAAUCAAUGCUUGGAGUUUGUCAGAAUUUGUGGGUUUUUGUUUGUCCACCCACCUCUUGAGGAUCGACCACAAGUUCUCAAUAGGAUUAAGGUCUGGGGAGUUUCCUGGCCAUGGACCCAAAAUUUCGAUGUUUUGUUCCCCGAGCCACUUAGUUAUCACUUUUGCCUUAUGGCAAGGUGCUCCAUCAUGCUGGAAAAGGCAUUGGUCAUCACUAAACUGUUCUUGGAUGGUUGGGAGAAGUUGCUCUCGGAGGAUGUAUUGGUACCAUUCUUUAUUCAUGGCUGUGUUCUUAGGCAAAAUUGUGAGUGAGCCCACUCCCUUGGCUGAGAAGCAACCCCACACAUUAAUGGUCUCAGGAUGCUUUACUGUUGGCAUGACACAGGACUGAUGGUAGCGCUCAUCUUGUCUUCUCCGGACAAGGUGUUUUCCGGAUGCCCCAACAAUCGGAAAGGAAUUCAUAAGAGAAAAUGACUUUACCCCAGUCCUCAGCAGUCCAAUCCCUGUACCUUUUGCAGAAUAUCAGUCUGUCCCUGAUGUUUUUCCUGGAGAGAAGUGGCUUCUUUGUUACCCUUCUUGACACCAGGCCUUCCUCCAAAAGUCUUCGCCUCACUGUGUGUGCAGAUGCACUCGCACCUGCCUGCUGCCAUUCCUGAGCAAGCUCUGCACUGGUGGUGCCCUGAUCCCGCAGCUGAAUCAACUUUAGGAGACGGUCCUGACGCUUGCUGGACUUUCUUGGGCGCCCUGACGCCUUCUUCACAACAAUUGAACCUCUCUCCUUGAAGUUCUUGAUGAUCCGAUAAAUGGUUGAUUUAGGUGCAAUCUUACUAGCAGCAAUAUCCUUGCCUGUGAAGCCAUUUUUGUGCAAAGCAAUAAUGACGGCACAUGUUUCCUUGCUUACCUGCAUGGUUAACAGAGGAAAACAAUGAUUUCAAGCACCACCCUCCUUUUAAAGCUUCCAGUCUGUUAUUCUAAUUCAAUCAGCAUGACAGAGUGAUCUCCAGCCUUGUCCUCGUCAACAUUCUCACCUGUGUUAACGAGAGAAUCACUGACAUGAUGGCAGCUGGUCCUUUUGUGGCAUGGCUGAAAUGCAGUGGAAACAUUUUCAUGGCAAAGAGGGACUUUGCAAUUAAUUGCAAUUCAUCUGAUCACUCUUCAUAACAUUCUGGAGUAUAUGCAAAUUGCCAUCAUCAAAACUGAGGCAGCAGACUUUGUGAAAAUUAGUAUUUGUGUCAUUCUCAAAACUUUUGACCACAACUGUAUGACCAUCUUAAAACAACUCCCCCACACCCCCAGACUAGUAAAGGCCCAGGAAAGGCAGAGGGAAAGAUUAACAGAGCAAAGUACAGAGAGAUCCUUGAUGAAAACCUGCUCCAGAGCGCUCAGGACCUCAGGACUUCAGGUUGGGGUGAAGGUUCACCUUCCAACAGGACAACGACCCUAAGCACACAGCCAAGACAACGCAGAAGUGGCUUCGGGACAAGUCUCUGAAUGUCCUUGAGUGGCCGAGCCAGAGCCCGGACUUGAACCCGAUUGAACAUCUCUGGAGAUACCUGAAAAUAGCUGUGCAGCAACGCUCUCCAUCCAACCUGACAGAUCUUGAGAGGAUCUGCAGAGAAGAACGGCAGAAACUCCCCAAAUACAGGUGUGCCAAGCUUGUAGCAUCAUACCCAAGAAGACUCAAGGCUGUACUCGCUGCCAAAGGUGCUUCAACGAAGUACUGAGUAAAGAGUCUGAAUACUUAUGUAAAUGUAAUAUUUCAGUUUAGUAUUUUCUCUACAUUUGCAAAAUUUUCUAAAAACCUGUUUUGCUUUGUCAUUAUGGGGUAUAGUGUGUAGAUUGAUGAGGGAAAAAAACUAGUUCAUCCAUUUCAGAAUAAGGCUGUAACGUAACAAAAUGUGGAAAAAGUCAAGGGGUCUGAAUACUUUCCGAAUGUAGUAAGAGUUGAACGAAGAAGAAAGCAGUUGUUUUCAAAAUGAAAGAAAGCGAAAGGUUAACUUAUGGGAAUACAGAGAACUGUGCUUUGCUGGUAAAACCUUUGAGUGGCACAGUGUGAUUAUAUUCACCUCUGAACAAAAAGCUUUGAUUUAGGCCUGGAGAGAAAAACAUGCGUGAUACCUGUUCCUCAAUUGUAGAAACACAUGUCCAAAGGCCAUAUCAAGACCCCCACAUCUCUCUCGCUUUCUUACACACACACACACACACACACACACACACACACACACACACACACACACACACACACACACACACACACACACACACACACACACACACACACACACACACACACACACACACACACAGCAGAAGGGUUUGAAGUAGAUGUGAGUGGCUCACUUGAAGGCAUGUUUGUUAUUGUUUACCAUCUCCCCCUCUUCAGAAUUGCCUCUAAAAAUAGUUCACAUGUAGCAAUCUUCUUUUCUGUCACUGUCACCUGCAACCUCUGUCACAUACUCUUGAGGCAUUGCAACUUAAAAUAAGGCACUUUGCUUCAAUUGUACCAGCUUGCUUUGAAAACACAUACUCAGUCGAAACAAUUUAUAUUCUGCUUAGUAGGAAAUAUUUUUAAUUUCUUGUUUUACCACAAUUCUUAUUGAAGGUCACACAUCACAGGAGCCAGGAUAAGGGCUUUGGCACUCUUACUUACAUAAGCCCCUUGUCACCUGUGGGGACAUAAGGCCUUUACCGUGACACAAACUGUAAGUGUACGUUAUAUACAAACAUUUACAAAAAUGUCUCUGGGGUGAAAGAUUAUAAAGUUCAGUUACACUUAAAUUGAGUUUGGUCAUAAUGCCAACCCAAGGUUAUCAUGAAUAUGAUUUAGAACUUUACAGUAUGUAUUACAUAUAUGGCAACUUGAUCCCUGUCUCUGUUAUAUCACAUCAUGUCCCUCUGUGCUGCACUCUCUUUCACACUUCAAUUCUCAUGUGACAUUGUACCUUCAUCUUUAAAUAAAAUUAAAGUUUUUUGGUCGCUUUCAUAGUUUAGCAGAUGUUAUAGGGGGUGCAGCGAAAUGCUUGUGUUACAAGCUGUCACGGAGACCGCCGAGGCUGCUCCUCCUCCUUGCUCGGGCAGGCUUCGGCGUUCGUCGUCCCCGGAGUACUAGCUACUACCGCUUGAUGUUUUUGAUGUUUGUUUGGUUAUGUCUAGUUGAUGCACCUGUCGCGUAUUCUGUCUUGAUUAUGUCUCCUAUAAGUUUCCCUGUGUUAGGUUUGCAUUUUGUGUGUUAUUGUCCGCCUGUCUUAUAUGUUUAGGUUCUGUGUCUUUGGCUUUUGUGGGAUUUACGCACUCGCGUAUUUGUUACACCUCUUGUGUUUUUGGAGGCUGUUAUUUUGUGUGUACCUUAAGAGGUAUUGAGUAAAGUCGUCUUGACUAUUCCUCUGUGUCCUGCGCUUGACUCCACCACCGCAUCCACAUCAGACCUUGACAGAAUAACACACCACCUAUGGAGUCAGUAGGAGCAGCAGCGGCGGUGACCGAGUCACUGGAGGAGCGGGUCAGCAUUCAGGACGCCAUGAUCCAGCAACUCGGCGCCGCCAUGCAAGAAGUCAUGAACACCCUGCGCCGAUUGGAGAGAGGAGGCUUGCCCACACCUCCUCCUACCGUACCACCACCAUCGGCCAGUCCCAUCAUACCAGCUCCGGAGUCCAGUGGGAUUCGGCUCUCGCUCCCGAGGGCAUAUGAUGGCACCGCAGCCGGGUGUCAGGGGUUCCUCCUUCAGGUGGAGCUCUACCUGGCAACCAUACACCCGGCGCCCUCGGGAUACGAGAGCGUUUACGCCCUCAUCUCCUGUCUCUCCGACAAGGCUUUGGAGUGGGCCAAUGCCGAAUGGAGGGGAAUAGACGCCGCCACCAUCAGCUACGCGGAGUUCUCCCGCCGCUUCAGGGCUGUUUUUGAUCAUCCCCCAGAGGGUAAAGCGGCGGGGGAGCGUCUGUUCCACCUCCGACAGGGGAAGCGGAGCGCACAGGAGUUCGCCCUGGACUUCCGGACUCUAGCGGCGGAUGCGGGGUGGAAUGAGAGGGCCCUCAUCGACCACUAUCGGUGCAGCCUGCGAGAGGACGUUCAACGAGAGUUGGCCUGCAGGGACACCAAUUUAACCUUCGACCAGUUGGUGGACAUGUCAAUCCGUCUGGAUACCCUGCUUGCCACCCGCGGACGUCCGGAGUUGGGGCCGUCCAUUCCAUCCCCCAGCACCUCCGAGCCGAGCCCUAUGGAGCUCGGGGGUGCUGGCGCUAGAGAGAGGAGGAGAGAGAUCUGGAGGGAGGCCGUCCCCUGCACCAACUGUGGCCGUAGAGGACACACUGCGGUUCGGUGCUGGGGAGGGUCUCCAGGGGAUCGAGGCAACAGGUCACACACUGGGGAGUCAUUUCAGGUGAGUAGGCACCCAACUCACCCAGAGCUCUCUGUUGGUCACAUGUGUAUACCUGUAGUAUUCCCCCAGGUUGCAUCUCAUUCCCAGCAUAAGGCGCUAGUCGAUUCAGGCGCAGCUGGGAAUUUUAUUGAUCGUCAUUUUUGUGUUAAGUUAGGGAUUCCCCUCCGACCAGUAGAUGUGCCUUUCCAGAUUCAUGCCUUAGAUAGCCGUCCGUUGGGAUCUGGGUUGAUUAGGGAGGUCACAAAGCCACUAAAGAUGAAGGCGCAGGGGGAUCAUGAGGAGUUCAUUCAGUUAUAUCUGAUCGACUCUCCUGCGUAUCCCGUGGUGCUGGGGCUUCCUUGGUUAAUCGCCCAUGACCCCACCAUUUCGUGGCAACAGAGGGCUCUCAAGGAGUGGUCUGCCCAGUGUGUUGGGCGAUGUCUAGGUGUUUCCGUAGGGGCGACCACGGUGGAGAGUCCGAACCAAUUGCCCGCACUGCACAUUCCUCCUGAGUAUGAUGAUUUGAUGAUGAUAAAUGCACUGUUGGUUAAGGGCUGUAAGUAAGCAUUUCACUGUAAUGUCUGCACCUGUUGUAUUCGGCGCAUGUGACCAAUAACAUUUGAUUUGAUUUGAUUUGAUUUGAUUUGAUUUGGCACUAGUGUUCAGCAAGACUAGGGCGACGCGAUUGCCACCUCAUAGACAGGGGGAUUGUGCGAUAGACCUCCAGGCAGGUGCUGCACUUCCACGUAGUCAUGUGUAUCCUCUGUCUCAAGAGGAGAAGGUGGCUAUGGAGACAUACAUAGCCGAGUCUCUGAGACAGGGAUACAUACGGCCCUCCACUUCCCCUGCGUCCUCGAGUUUCUUUUUUGUGAAGAAGAAGGAUGGAGGGUUGCGCCCGUGUAUUGAUUACCGUAGUCUCAAUCAGAUCACUGUGAAAUACAGUUAUCCACUCCCUCUGAUUGCGAGUAUGACGGAAUCAUUACACGGAGCGCGUUUCUUCACAAAACUGGAUCUCAGGAGCGCAUACAACUUGGUGCGUAUUAGGGAGGGAGAUGAAUGGAAGACAGCAUUUAGUACCACCUCGGGUCACUACGAGUAUCUCGUCAUGCCAUACAGGUUAAUGAAUGCUCCUUCAGUCUUCCAAUCCUUUGUGGACGAGAUCUUCCGGGAUUUGCAUGGGCAGGUGUAGUAGUGUAUAUUGACGACAUACUAGUUUACUCUUCUACACGAGCCGAGCAUGUAGCCCUGGUGCGUCAAGUUUUGAGUAGGCUGUUGGAGCAUGACUUGUAUGUCAAGGCAGAGAAAUGUCUGUUUUUCCAGGAGUCCAUCUCCUUCCUGGGCCAUCGAUUGUCCGCGUCAGGGGUGGAGAUGGAGAUUGACCAUGUUUCAGCCGUGCGUAAUUGGCAGACUCCAACCACGGUUAAGGAAGUGCAGCGGUUUUUGGGUUUUGCCAAUUACUACCGGAGGUUUAUCCGGGGUUUUGGACAGGUGGCAGCUCCCAUCACCUCCCUGCUGAAGGAGGGCCCAGUGCGUUUGCAGUGGUCAGCUGAAGUCGACAGGGCAUUUAGUAAACUGAAGGACCUGUUCACCUCUGCUCCGGUGCUGGCGCAUCCGGAUCCCGCUUUAGCGUUCCAGGUGGAGGUGGACGCGUCAGAGGCCGGUAUUGGGGCUGAACUGUCUCAACGCUCAGGCACCCCCCCUAAACUCUGGCCCUGCGCUUUUUACUCUAAGAAGCUCAGCCCGGCGGAACGUAAUUAUGACGUGGGGGACAGGGAGCUGCUCGCCGUGGUUCAAGCCCUAAAGGUGUGGAGGCAUUGGCUUGAGGGGGCUCAACACCCUUUUCUCAUUCUGACUGACCAUCGUAACCUGGAGUACAUCCGGGCAGCUAGGAGACUGAACCCUCGUCAGGCUAGGUGGACCAUGUUUCUGGCCCGGUUUGUGUUUAAGCUCACGUACAUCCCAGGGUCCCAGAACGGUAAGGCAGACGCCCUGUCCCGGCGAUAUGAUGCAGAGGAGAGGUCCAUUGAGCCCACGCCCAUACUGCCGGAGUCUUGUCUGGUGGCACCGGUGGUGUGGGAGGUCGAUGCGGAGAUGGAGCGGGCGUUACGCACCGACCCUACUCCUCCAGAGUGUCCGGUGGGGCGGACGUACGUUCCGCUCGAGAUUUGUGAUCGCCUCAUAUAUUGGGCUCAUACGUCACCCUCCUCUGGACAUCCUGGUAUCGGCCGGACAGUGCACUGCCUUAGUGACAAGUACUGGUGGCCAACAUUGGCUAGGGACGUGAGGGUUUAUGUCUCCUCCUGCUCGGUGUGCGCUCAGUGUAAGGCGCCUAGACACCUGCCCAGGGGGAAGUUACAACCCCUACCCAUUCCACAACGGCCGUGGUCUCACCUCUCGGUAGACUUUGUCACGGACCUUCCCCCCUACCAGGGGAAUACCACCAUUCUGGUCGUUGUGGAUCGGUUCUCUAAAGCCUGUCUUCUCAUCCCAAUGCCGGGUCUCCCUACUGCCCUACAGACUGCUGAGGCUUUGUUUACCCACGUCUUCCGGCACUACGGGGUACCCGAGGAUAUAGUGUCUGAUCGGGGUCCCCAAUUCACCUCUAGAGUCUGGAGGGCGUUCAUGGAACGCUUGGGGGUCUCGGUUAGCCCUACCUCGGGUUUCCACCCUGAGAAUAAUGGGCAGGUGGAGAGAGUGAACCAGGAUGUGGGUAGGUUUCUGAGAUCAAAUUGCCAGGACCGGCAGGGGGAGUGGUCGGGAUAUAUUCCCUGGGCAGAGAUAGCCCAGAACUCCCUCCGUCAUUCAUCUACUAACCUGACACCUUUCCAGUGUGUGUUAGGUUACCAGCCGGUUCUGGCACCUUGGCAUCAGAGCCAGAUCGAGGCCCCUGCGGUGGACGAGUGGUUUCGGCGCUCGGAGGAGACGUGGAAUGCUGCGCACGUUCAUUUGCAGCGUGCCAUCAGGCGGCAAAAGGCGAGCACCGAUCGCCACCGCAGUGAGGCUCCGGUGUAUGCACCAGGAGACCGGGUCUGGCUCUCGACUCGAAACCUGCCCCUUCGCCUGCCCUGCCGGAAGCUGGGUCGGCGGUUUGUGGGGCCAUUUAAAGUCCUGAGGAGAUUGAACGAGGUUUGUUACAGGUUACAACUGCCUAAUGAUUAUCGCAUUAACCCCUCGUUCCAUGUGUCUCUCCUCAGGCCGGUGGUAGCUGGUCCACUCCAGGACAGUGAGAUACGGGAGACUCCUCCGCCCCCACUGGACAUCGAGGGGGCUCCGGCGUACUCAGUCCGGUCCAUCGUAGAUUCAAGACAUCGGAUGGGGGUCUGCAGUAUCUCGUGGAGUGGGAGGGGUACGGACUGGAGGAACGGUGCUGGGUGCCUAGGAGGGACAUUUUAGAUCCCUCUCUCCUGACGGAGUUCCACCGGAGUCAUCCUACGCGCCCUGCUCCGCGUCCUCCUGGCCGUCCCCGAGGCCGGGGUCGGCGCACGGCUGGAGCCGCGCGUCAAGGGGGGGGUACUGUCACAGAGACCGCCGAGGCUGCUCCUCCUCCUUGCUCGGGCAGGCUUCGGCGUUCGUCGUCCCCGGAGUACUAGCUACUACCGCUUGAUGUUUUCGAUGUUUGUUUGGUUAUGUCUAGUUGGUGCACCUGUCGCGUAUUCUGUCUUGAUUAUGUCUCCUAUAAGUUCCCCUGUGUUAGGUUUGCAUUUUGUGUGUUAUUGUCCACCUGUCUUGUAUGUUUAGGUUCUGUGUCUUUGGCUUUUGUGGGAUUUACGCACUCGCGUAUUUGUUACACCUCUUGUGUUUUUGGAGGCUGUUAUUUUGUGUGUACCUUAAGAGGUAUUGAGUAAAGUCAUCUUGACUAUUCCUCUGUGUCCUGCGCUUGACUCCACCACCGCAUCCACAUCAGACCUUGACACUAGCGCCUAAAAUGUAGUAAAAAUGUCAAAAAGUACACACAAAAAAAAUAAACAUUAAAAAUAAUAAUACAAUACAAAAAUACUCUGCCAACUGUUUUUUUUUCUCCUUCAGACUGCAUUAUUUAGUCAUGAGUCUGUCAUGAUGGCGUGGGAAUAAUCUGCAAAUUCUGCCACAGCACUGAACACAGGGACAUCUACAGUAUACACCGUACUGUAAAAAUAUAUAUAUUUUUGCUUUUAUUUAUAUUGCGUGUGAUUAUAAUAUUUGGAAAUGGCCAUUCAGAGGAAAUUAUACUGUAUAGUGUGAACAUGAAAACUAUGUCUUGAAUUGCAGUUUCUUUGGGGAGUCUAAGAAAUCAGUGACAUCCCUCCUUGGAGCUCACUCUCUGAAGAGCAGCAACGACACACGGUGGGUGGACAUAGAGGAGUACUAUAUGCCGGGCACCUACAGUGACAAAACCAAGGCAGAUGACAUGUUAAUCAAGGUGAAUUAAUCACAGCAACUGCAGGCACAUUAUAGCCUCAUUAGUAGAUAAUGUGGCAUCAAUAGUUCUAUUCAGGUUGAUGUCCAGAUUUAUUUGUUUAUUGAAGAUGCCAUGAGGACGUUUGCAUCAUGUAGCGCAAGAUACACCAAUACCCAUUUCAGACAGAGGAUGUGGUAUAGUAUAUUACCUUUAAAAAAAGUCUGGAUGUCAUCAUCACAAGAUAAUGACCUGGUGCUAAACAGUAGGGGGGGUAUUUUUGUUCUUACAGCUGAAGAUGUAAGUCAAGACAAACAGCAAGACCUUGAAAGUGAAAGCGUUUUCAAAGUCUGGCAAAGACCUCCCUGUUGGCACACAGUGCCAGGUGACAGGGUGGGGGCUGGUAAAAUUAGAUAGACUACCCAAGACAUCAGACAAGACACACUGCAGGGGGCAGAAGUGUACAUACUGGACAGGGAGCUCUGUGACUGCUUCUACAACCCAAACCAUGUGAUCACCCAGGACAUGCUCUGUGCAAGGAGCAACAAAGUCAAGACAACAAAGGCAGACGCUUGCGAUGUAUGGUGUGUGGGGGAACUGAUAGAUCUAACUCCAUUGAUUACCACUUUGUUGGCCAUUUUUUCCAUGGUUAAUUACCUUUUGAACCAGUCAGAUGCCAUGAGCUCUAGCUACUUUACCUGGUCCAACUAACAUCAUCGAUAACCUCGACAAGAAUUAGCUUAUCAGUGCAUGAAAGGUCAAAUGUGUGUUGACCUUUUCCAGGGGGAUUCUGGUGGUCCGUUGGAGUAUAAGAUAGGCUUUAUAGGCUUGGUGUCUGGUGGAAGUGGCUGUGGCAACCCCAAGAAGCCCGGAGUGUACUCCCGCUUCUCCAAAAGACACCUGGACUGGAUCAACAAGAUCAUCAAACAUCAAACACCACCUAUGUUGGCAUACUGUAAGGAUGGAAUGGGUCAGACCAUAGAUUGUUUGAGAAUAAAUUACAAUCCAGCUCCUAAGCUCCUCAGUUUCAUUCAUGCUUUAUUGUCAUCACCUGUUUGCCUCUCUGUUUAGUAAUUGCAACUAUAGUGGUGCCAACUUUUUCCUGACAGUUUUCUUUUUCUUUCUAGAGGAUGCAUGUUUCAAUGAAAAAUCGAGUGGGGCUUUUCAGUGGGCUUUUCAAUGCAUUCUCAAGCUGACUUGAGAAUUAGGUAGGCUACAUUAGGUAGGCUACAUUAGGUUGGCUACAUGGAUGAGGUGAGCUAAACAUUAAGAAUUGGGCUGGGCAGUACAUGCUAGUAGCUGCCUUUGAUCACACAUACAGUGGGGAAAAAAAGAAUUUAGUCAGCCACCAAUUGUGCAAGUUCUCCCACUUAAAAAGAUGAGAGAGGCCUGUAAUUUUCAUCAUAGGUACACGUCAACUAUGACAGACAGAAUGAGAAAGAAAAUCCAGAAAAUCACAUUGUAGGAUUUUUUAUGAAUUUAUUUGCAAAUUAUGGUGGAAAAUAAGUAUUUGGUCAAUAACAAAAGUUUCUCAAUACUUUGUUACAUACCCUUUGUUGGCAAUGACACAGGUCAAACGUUUUCUGUAAGUCUUCACAAGGUUUUCACACACUGUUGCUGGUAUUUUGGCCCAUUCCUCCAUGCAGAUCUCCUCUAGAGCAGUGAUGUUUUGGGGCUGUCGCUGGGCAACACGGACUUUCAACUCCCUCCAAAGAUUUUCUAUGGGGUUGAGAUCUGGAGACUGGCUAGGCCACUCCAGGACCUUGAAAUGCUUCUUACGAAGCCACUCCUUCGUUGCCCGGGUGGUGUGUUUGGGAUCAUUGUCAUGCUGAAAGACCCAGCCACGUUUAAUCUUCAGGGAGAUUAUCAGUGGUCUUGUAUGUCUUCCAUUUCCUAAUAAUUGCUCCCACAGUUGAUUUCUUCAAACCAAGCUGCUUACCUAUUGCAGAUUCAGUCUUCCCAUCCUGGUGCAGGUCUACAAUUUUGUUUCUGGUGUCCUUUGACAGCUCUUUGGUCUUGGCCAUAGUGGAGUUUGGAAUGUGACUGUUUGAGGUUGUGGACAGGUGUCUUUUAUACUGAUAACAAGUUCAAACAGGUGCCAUUAAUACAGGUAACGAGUGGAGGACAGAGGAGCCUCUUAAAGAAGAAGUUACAGGUCUGUGAGAGCCAGAACUCUUGCUUGUUUGUAGGUGACCAAAUACUUAUUUUCCACCAUAAUUUGCAAAUAAAUUCAUAAAAAAUCCUACAAUGUGAUUUUCUGGAUUUUUUUUUCUCAUUUUGUCUGUCAUAGUUGACAUGUACCUAUGAUGAAAAUUACAGGCCUCUCUCAUCUUUUUAAGUGGGAGAACUUGCACAAUUGGUGGCUGACUAAAUACUUUUUUCCCCCACUGUAUUUUGGAUGCCCUCUGUUGAAGCCAUUUAUUUGCUUGGGUAAGUACAGCACACAUUGACAUUAUGCAAAGAUGUAAAGAUUCACAGGGCAAGAAUGAACUGCAAAGACCACAGCAGGGACAAGCACAAUAACAACUUUUAACUUUUGGUUUGUCUGCAAAAUAUAUUUCAUUAUGCAGUAAAACAGAUCCUGUCACUUAAUAAUUUACAAUAUCCAUAAAACAAUAACACUAUUCUCGGUCUACCAUUAUUUCUAAAACGAAUGUAAUGAUGUUCUUGAUUUCCAGAUAUUACAACACCAACAUCAGACUAAGGAUGGAUGAAAAUGACUAAAAUAUGAAUGAUAGUAGAGACUCAUGGGAGCAGAAGUAUCUUUGCUGGAGGAUUGCAGCAGGACUUUUAGUACCAACCUUAUUCCCAAAACACCUGUGGAAAUUGGGGGAAAAAAUCUAGAUAAACAUACGAAAUGUUGAAAUAUCUGCCAAUACCCUUUUUAGAGCUCACUACUGUGAUGUCAUGAGAUCCUUUUCUGUGGAUGUGUCAUGUGUCAAAGUAAUGCUCGCCGAAAAGGCUUCUGGAAAAAGGCUUCAAUCAAUGUAAGAGCAAGAAGCACAUGAAAGAGCUGACAGUUUAUUAAAUCUGAGAGUAGAAUCCUAAUGGUGGGGUCAGCCACUAUGACUGAAAAGGCUAUAAGGACACUGUAUUACAGAAUUGGUUCAAAUUAAAUUAAGUUUAUGGUUAGGUUUAGGGUUAAGGUUAGGGUUAAAGGUUUGGUUAAGGCUAGGGUUAAGGUAAGGGUCAGUUUUAGAUUUUGGUUAGUCGUUUUACAAGUCAGGAGUGUCUUUAUAGUCUCUCCCCACUAUGACUGAGCCAAGCAAUCUCAUUUCUAGGCCAAGAGAGGCCAGAGAGUGGCCAUCUAAUAGCCAGGAAGACAGGCAUCGAGGCAUUCAGUUACUGUUCGAUUGAACGGGCAAAACGGGUGACCAAAAUGACUUUGAGCGUGGUAUGAUCGUCGGUGCCAAGCGUGCCGGUUCCAGUAUCUCAGAAACGUCCGGCCUCCUGGGCUUUUCACACACAACAGUGUCUAGGGUUUACCGAGAAUGGUGCGACGAACAGAAAACAUCCAGUCAGAGGCCAUCCUGUGGGCGAAAACAGCUUGUUGAUGAGAGAAGUCGAAGGAGAAUGGCAAGAAUCAUGCAAGCUAACAGGCGGGCCACAAACAGGCAAAUAACGGCGCAGUACAACAGCGGUGCGCACCCUGGCAUCUCGCAACACACAACUGGUUGAUCCUUGUCACGGAUAGGUUAUUGCAGCAGAUGACCACACUGGGUCCGACCUAAUAAACUGUCCACUGAGUGUAUAUAUCUCUAGAGCAGAGCAUCUUGCACUUUACAGCCCACAUGCCCCUACACGAUCUCAGCACCAUAGUGAGGAUGAAUGAGUAGAGAGGAAAUUACAGAGCAUUACCACCAUCUACUGGACAGAUUUAUAGAAAGCGCAUCCCACAGUGUAACAGCACCAACAGUGUAAAGCCUGCAGAGCGCGCAACAUUGAUGCAAUCUCACUCCGGGUAUUAUGCAAUCCUGACUAGAAAGCCCACAUAGAAGGAUGGUUUUGGUGCAGUAAUUGCCCAUCUCUGUUAACAGUUAAAGAGAAAGGAAAAAAUACCAAUACUAUUCAAUCCCUUUUUGCUCAUGCCCCUCAUCAAUCGCUAAAGUCUUGCCAUAAAACCCUCAGUGGAUGAUAUUUCACUGCUAUUACAUCAUGAAUGAGACUGGAGCAAUGAUGCUCCUUUAAUCUCCAGGGUAGAGUUAGCUUAAUUUCCAACAUGCUGAGGCAAAGUUGAGGUCAGACUGGGAGAGGCUUUUCUUCAGUACUGGUCGUUGCAUUGGGACCCAUAGGGUGUGCAUGUUUUUGUUCCAGCCCAGUAUACCAGUUGACAUAUUGUAGGCAGGGCCGGCCCUAGCCUUUUGGUGGCCCUGAGCGGGUUCUACCUUGCGGGCAAAACAUUUUAGUGGCCCCCAUGUAGAUGACAGAGAGAAUAAUUUUAGUUUUAAAGAAAAUGUCUUGCAAUUCUACACAUUUUGCCAUGGGACGUAGAGAAAAUAUUGCAGUUUUAAAGCAAGCUUUCUGCAGUUCUACACAAUUUGCCAUGAGGCAGAGAGAUCAUUUUGCAAUUUUACAACACAUUUCAUACAAUUCUACUCAUUUUGCCAUGGGGCAGAGAGAUCAUUUUGCAAUUUUAUAACACAAUUCAUGCAAAUCUACUCAUUUUGCCAUGGGGCAGAGAGAAAACAAUUGCUAUUUUACAGCUAAUUUCCUGCAAUUCUACCCAUUUUGCCAUGGGGUGGAGAUAAAUUGUUGCAGUUUUAAAGCAAACUUCCUGCAAUUCUACACAUUUUGCCAUGACUUAUGCCAUGUUGAUGAUAUCUGAGCAAGAGUGACUAACAAAAUCAAUCGGGGCCACCUGGAAGUCCCCUGUGCACGUGCCUUCCGUGCCCAGUUGGUAUUUGUCCGUGAUUACUACAAGUUUAGAUAGCUGGUUUGACUAAUUUACCAAUCUAAAAAUGGUUAGCUGACAUAGCUUAUUGAGUGACUGUCAGUGACUGACAUAACAUAAAGAGAAAGACUGCUGAUGCACAACCAAAUUUCGACCUUGCACCUUGUGUAUUCUACUGUUCUAACUAUCAGCAGUAAGUUGAGAGCCAACUGAGCUCCUAAAAUACUUUUUUUUUGAAUAUAUAUAUAUAUAUAUAUAUAUAUAUAUAUAUAUAUAUAUAUAUAUAUAUAUAUAUUUGUUUUUUAAUUGGUAUUGGGCCUCCUAGUGGCAUGGGGCUCUAAUAAGCGACCGCUUAAGUCACUUAUGCCUGGGUCCCUGACUGUAGGACUAAAAUCUAACCAGGCUGGUGAAAGCCUUUAUGGCAAUGUGGAUUAGAUGGACAGAUGUAGGCUACCACUGCAUGAGGCAGCUUUUGUUGUUUCAUUAAUCCAGCCAAAUGUCUUUGUAACAUGGCAUCAUAGAUGAUUCAAAUGCUGUAUGUCUGCCAUGAAAUAUCCUACAUAUCUGGUGAGGCUAAAUUUCACUGAUGUAUGGUUUCUAAAUGUUUGUAUAGUAUAGUAAACCAUUCUGCUGAGCUGAGAGAACAAGAGCCUGAUGAUAUCACAGAUGUUCACAUGGGAUAGACAGAGCAUUAAAGCAGACAGAAACCAUCUCCGAAGUAAAACAACCAACAGUGAUAGAAUAGAUUUGCAUUGAAGGAAAUAUGAAAAACACUGACUGCCCUACAAGUCUAUUUGUAGCUUAUACAGUAGUGUUGCUAUUUUUGCACAUUACUAUGGGGUGCAGCCUUUAGGAGAAAUUGAAUCCGCAAAAAUGUAGUGUGCUUUUGCUGUCUACCUACUCACGUUGGUGUUGUAAACAGCUUUUUACUGUUGUAAUUGUUGUCAAAGAUUACAAUAAACACAAGACUAUAAUUAAAUUGCACAUUUAGCCUACAAAAUGCCCAUGGGGCGGCGCAUAAUUGGCCCUGCGUCGUCCAGGGUAGGAUAGGGGAGGGAAUGGCCGGCAGGGAUGUAGCUCAGUUGGUAAAACUGUUCGCUGCUCUGGCACCCCAAUGGUGGAACAAGCUCCCUCACGACGCCAGGACAGCGGAGUCACUCACCACCUUCCGGAGACAUUUGAAACCCCACCUCUUUAAGGAAUACCUGGGAUAGGAUAAAGUAAUCCUUCUACCCCCCCCCCCCCCCCUCCCCCCUUUACUCCAACCCACCCCCCCAAAAUAAAAAUAAAUAAAAACAUUGUAAAGUGGUUAUCCCACUGGCUAUAAGGUGAAUGCACCUAUUUGUAAGUCGCUCUGGAUAAGAGCGUCUGCUAAACGACAUAAAUGUAAAUGUAAAUGUAGAGCAUGGCGUUUGCAACGCCAGGGUUGUGGGUUCAAUUCCCACGGGGGGCCAGUAUGAAAAAUACAAUUAUGUAUGCACUCACUAACUGUAAAUCGCUCUGGAUAAGAGCGUCUGCUAAAUGACUAAAAUGUAAAAUGUAAAUGUAUUCAUGAUUAGGAAUAUGCAGAAGUGUUUGGUCACGAGGGAGGAAUGACGUCACCCUUUCAACUCCGGGAACAAUCAGAGGGAGCUAGCUCCGGAGCAAAGCGACAGGCACUUGAAUAGUCCAACUUUUAAUGUAUUCAGCCUGAACCUAGCCAGCAUAGCCUAUCUAGGCGGGCUAUUUGUUCACACUAGCUACUCCUUUUCUGUUUGUCGAUUCUAUUUUAAUAUAUUUCUACCGACUGACAAUUUAGUCAUCUCUGUAGGCUAUCGAACAGGCUAUUACUCUGAGUCCCAACUUUUAAAGGGUAAGUGUGCAGUGUGUUCAUACAGUAUUUACAAGGUUGAUGCUAGACUAAAUUGUUAGCGUGCUAGCUGUUCUUAUCUUCCGCUAACGAGCAAGCUUGGUUGAAUGAUACAAAUGUAUCGGAAUAAAAAAAAAAUAUUUUGCCGUUGAACAUUGUGCACUAAUUGUAGCCAUUACAUACAGCAAUCUAUUGCUACAGGCUACUGUUGCCACCUCAAAAUAACUUCUAACCAUGCCAUUGGACUCGAGCGCGCGAUGGAUAACGUUACUUUGUAUCAGCCUAGAAGUUCAGUCCCAUAGUUUGUUUUUAUUCAUUAGUGCUGGUUAGGCUAUUGUGUUGAUGAGUGCAAGACACGUUUCUAUUGCAAAUUGUUAAUAUUACACAGUUACACAUGCAUAAUAAUAAGCGCUAACUCUCAAAUAAGUUAACAUGAAAUCAGAGAAAAGGGCUACAUUUGCACAUUUUGCCUCUCCCUGUUGCACUUUAGAGACUAUUAAGAGUUCGUUUUCAGCAGUUAGGCUUAAUACAAUGUGCAACUAUAUUUUUUUGUUUGUUUCAGAGGCACAGCUGGACAAGUGGGAAACUGUAUGGACCAGGCCUAACAUGAAGAGCCUUAAAGCGAAGUUUAGGAAGAGCGACGUAAGAACAUGCAUUACUUUUCAAUGGGCUUUUGUGGUGGUGGUGGUAUGUUAUUGCCAGACAGAAUAUUUUUAUUCAUUCAUUCAUCCAUCCGUAUGGCUCUGUGACUGUCAUAGCAAUGAAGCCCUCUGCCAUAAAGUUAUUUCAAUUACAGCCUCCUUGGGUAGUUUCUCCAUAGUUGUGACUGAAUCAUUUGGGAGUGACUUUGCCAGGCUGUGUUUCCUGAAGAUCCUAUAGGGAGUGACUAACUUCCACUGAGUGUGACUCAUCAGUAGUCACAGUGACCAUAAUCAGACAGCAUCAGUGCCAGAGGGGAAGUGUGGCUAUGAAGGGGGUGAUUUAAACACUUUAAAUUGGGUACGUCCGUUAUCUCGGAUGAGUACGUACCUAAUCAGGAAGCUGGGGAUAAACCAACAGUCAGGCAACUAGAGUACAACACUCAAAAGUUUGGAUUCGUUUUCUUUGAAUACACAUUGAAUUUAAUAAAUCAAUAUACAUUUCAGAACCGUUCCAAUGUUAUUGACAGACAGGGAUAUUAUUUUUAGAGGCAGAAUACCUUCACUGAAAUAUGUAGGAGUUGAUGAUUCCUUCUGAGUCACUGGAAUACUAAGAGUUGUCAAGAGGCCCAAGGCAGUUUUGGGGUGUGGUUUUCUGUAGGAAAAGUGUUUAGUACUAUUAAUGUGCCCAUAUGACAUACGGAAGAUAAGACAUACGGAGAUUAUAAACCUAGAAACCUUUAUUAGCUUGUAUUUAUAAAAGUUUGAGGCUAUAUGCCAAUAUUAUUGCCACAGAUAAUGGGGUAUUGGAUCUGAUGCUGUUGUUGUGAAACAUAACCAUUGCUUAUGGCUGACUAAUGUAUUUUAACAGUGGGAGUUGCAACCCGUGGGUGUUUUUCACAUUUAGGUUGCUUAGGAACAGUCAGUCUGUAUCUCUGUAACCAUCUACUUUAAUACUUCACACCCACAUAACCACUUCUCACACUUGUUUUGCUAUUAAAAAUUCAUAUUCUGUCCUCAAGAUUGACUACAGUUUACAGUUUCCACUGGUGGCCUUAGUGUUAGUAGAUAGAAAAUGACCUAAACUGUGAUACGGUAGUCUACUCUCAUUCUCUCCAGCGAAACAUAUCAUUGGCGGUUGUGGAAGAGUCUUGGACUGAAUACAUUAAAACAAACUUUCUAAAGUGUUCACUCAUGAAAAAAACAUCUGAACCAGUUGAAGACUUGCCUUUUUAAUAACGUAUUUAUUAUCUUUUGGUUGAAUUCUGGUUUUGCAUACAAUUCACCCCAUCAUAUGAAUUGACUAGUUUUGAGAAGAAGCUCUUGAGAGGUUUUCAAGUUGAGCUAUUGGCCCAUACAUAUUCCAUGUGGCAUAUAGAUGGACAGCCUUAGUCAAUACCAUACCAAUGUGUCAUUAUGACUAUUGACUUCUCCUCUCCAACACUGAGAAAACCCUCCUCAUAUACUGUAGUAGUGGGAUUGCUGUGGAUCAACUAACUCCACAGACCAUAUUCAUUCUGCUUCCAGCCAUACAACAUACUGUGUGCUUUUCAUAAAGAGCUCAUGAAGAGCAAUAGAAAGAAAAUAUCCUUCUGAUUCUAUUUUAGGGCGACGUGUCAGCCUGACCUUGCAGUGGAAUUCAUUCCAGAGCCAGACAUUAAUCAUUUUAUAAAACAAGGAGAUCUGGAAUGACAGUAUGAAUAGUUUUAUGAAGUCAGCCAUUUGCCAAAUAGCCCUUGUAAUAUAAUAGUUAUUUUAUCCAAGGACUAGCACAAUGUUAGUGUUAAAUCAAUGCUAAAUGUCGUUCAGGAUCCUCUUAAUCUACAAUGAUCUACCUGCAAUAGGGAUUCAAGUUAAUGAGCAACUCAGCUGAGAAUGAUCAGGAAUGAAGUGGAGUUGUGUCUACAGUGAUUAAAAAGUAUUGCCCAGCGCUUCCAGCUGUGUCUUUAUAGUUCAUACAUCCUAGUCCCAGCUACCCUUCCCUCUGCACCUCCUCCCCUCCCCCCUGUUUCUCACGGCCCAAGUGCAUCUUUUUGUGUUUUGAAAUAGGAGACAGACCAGACAGUAAUCCCCUAAAGGCAUGUCCUCACCUGACACCUCCAGUCUGUUACAGGUUAGCCUAUGUUGCUGCAACGUUAUCUUACUGGUUAGGCUAGACUGUGUUGCAACUGUCUCAGACAGGUUAGACAAUGUUGCAUUGAUCUGAGGCUGUUACGAAAUGCAAGCGCCUUCAAAACCCAAAUUGGAACUGGAUCAUUUAUCGUAGACAUGUAUUGACAGGGCCAGGUGGUGUAAAUGUACUCUCCCAGCUUGGUAUUAAACAGAUUUAAUGUUGCAUGAAGGAAAAUGUUAAAUCAGGAAGCAAGCCAUGUCUAAAAAGAAGUCUCACUGGUUUAAAAAAAAACACACAAAAAACAGCCAUUGUAAACUAUCAGCACCAGGUGUCUUACAGUGCCUAUCUAUACAAGGUCAUACUAAAGGAGAAGAGCUCAUUCAUGUUUUUUUUGUGUGUGUCUGUGAAUACAUUGUUAGCAUUUUAGUCUAAGCCUAUUUGGCGAUAGCAACAAAAGUGAGAGCCCUGUUUUUCUGUCUCAGUAAGUCCGUCUGUGGCUAAUGGCCAAGCACAUUCCCAGAAACCAGGUUAUAUCCAGUCUGAUCCAUCCUAGGCACCAAUCAGAAAUCCACAGCUGCAUCUAGACCACAUAACCAAUCAGGAGAGAACUUGAGGCCAAACUGCAGGUGACCAAUCAUAGAAUCUGUCAGUGGAUCAGCAAAAGGAAUGAGACUGGCUGGGCGCAGCAGCGGGACAGGGAGGAGUUCAAGCCUUUGAAGUACUACGCUAUUAGAGUCAUUGUAGAGCCCUAUUCCCAAGGUCUCUGUGAUUUACAGUAGUUCUCUCCCUUCUGGUCUGGCCAAGUUAUCAAGACUCCUGAACAGCUAAUCAUGGCUACCCGGACUAUUUGCAUUGCCCCCCACCCCCUCUUUUACGCUGCUGCUACUCUGUUUAUUAUUUAUGCAUAGUCACUUUAACUCUACCCACAUGUACAUAUUACCUCGACUAACCGGUGCCCCUGCACAUUGACUCUGUACCGGUACCCGCUGUAUAUAGCCUCCCUACUGUUAUUUUAUUUUACUGCUGUUCUUUAAUUAUUUGCUAUUUUUAAUUUUUUACUUAUCUAUUUUUUACUUAACACUUUAUUAUUAUUAUUUUUUAACUGCAUUGUUGGUUAAAGGCUUGUACGUAAGCAUUUCACUGUAAGGUCUACACCUGUUGUAUUCGGCGCAUGUGGCAAAUACAAUUUGAUUUGAUUUGAGUUUUGCACUACACAUUUCACAAUAUUCCUCAUUUGAAAUAUUGGUGAAAUAUACAUCUUGGGAGUGUAGUCAAGGUUGUUCCAUUAAUUAAUAUGAGUAUCGUGCUUUUCCAUCUAGACUUACCCCCACACCAGGGUAUCACCAGUGUUUUAUGUUAAUGUGGGCGCUAGUGUUAUUGUGUUUCCUAAAGACUUGUGGUGGGCAGUAUCAACAACCUCUGCAUCAUCACUGCUUUGCUUUAUCUUGGCCGGGUCGCAGUUGUAAAUGAGAACUUGUUCUCAACUGGCUUACCUGGUUAAAUAAAGGUUAAAUAAAAAAAAUUAAAAAAUAUUCAAGACUGUUGCUUUGUGAGGAGUUGUUAAAGUUCACAGUUAGCCAUUGUUAUGUAAAUGACAGCUGAAAAGUACCCAGGGCCUUGCCUUGGCUCCAAGUCAGAGCAGGUUGUCGUCAUGGCCAGUGAGAGACGGGUGCCGGCCCGCGUAGAUGGAAACAGAAAAGUCUGAGCCUUUUAGGUGAAAUACUUUGGUAAAUCCUCAGUGGAAAUGUGCCAUGGAGUGUCCUUACAUUACCCUUCUCCUUCCCAGACAGACUCUCUAGCCUACUACCAUACUUCUACAGUAGAGUUUAUAUAUUACACUGCUCCCAGCUGCCCUGCCUUGGCUGCUCAGAGGGAUUAAGUAAGGCUUGUCCCAACACACCGCCCCCUCCAACCCUCUCCAGCCUCCAGACUGUGUCUAAUUCAUGUGUGUGGUGGAUUAUGCAUCCUCGACUCACCAAACACAGCUGUCUGAAUGGCUUAGAAUGAUCUCAGCGCAGAGCAGACUGUCUCUUAUCGUUGUCAUCUCACUGAAAGGCCUCUUAAUGGGGGACAAUGACAGUAAACCGGUGUAGUAGGGCAUUCAUCUUGGCUGCAUGGUGGGGUGUGGGGGGAUGGAUCCUGGAGGCUUGUCUUAGGGGGGUCCCAGAGACAGCCCAAACACUGACAUGGAGUCUAUUAAAAGUAGGACCAUGCGGUUUCUUUAUCUGUUGUUUACAGAAGCAGAGAGACAGUAGAGGAACUUCUGGUCAACAACAGAUGGCUUGACUCAGUAAUUGUAGGUUGCGCUGACUCUGACCCUGAGCAUGGUAUAGAAUGACUCUGUGGAUUUUGGAGAUGUUUAGUGUGGCACUAAAUUCUGUCUUUGUUUGAACACGAUAAUGAAAAAUGUGGUAAUAAAUAAAAUGUUCCUAUCCUCCCAGGGCUCAGGCUGGUGUCGGUUACUUUAUCGCCAGGAAUGAGGUAAUGGUACAUGCCACUGAUCACAGAUAGAGGGAAAGGUACUAGAGCAGAGGGAGAGAGAAAUGUAAGCAGUGGGGAGCAGAAAAGGCCUCACUUUAAAGUUAACUUGGAGCAUAUUGCAUUACUGGAUCCAUGGCAAGUGAACUGAAAGAGUUCAGGUGAAAAGCUUGGCGUGAGAUCAAUGACAAGGUCAUACUGUUAUCUGUAACGAUUUGGCAACCUUGUGUUCAUUUGUUGUUCUCAUAACAUUCCUCAGUCAUCUGAUUUAGCUGGUAGUUUGUCAGUUGCUCCUCCUACUGCAUAGAUUCAGGGUAAGAAGAAGAAGAAGAAAAAUAUAUGCACUGUAGCCAUGUUACAUGUAUGAAUGUGUGUCUGUGAGGGAGGUGGUUUUUCCACAACCCCAAUUUCUGAACAAGCAUUCAGUGUUUUCGGAAAUGUUUAUUUAUAGAACAGGCUAUUUGUUUUAAGGGAAGUGUAGUACUCAGGCUAUUUUAAAUGUAUGCUUCAAAAGUGACAUUUAGGCCUCUGCUUGGUGACGUAACUGUAAGGAAACUCCUGCACAAUGAACCUCACCCCACCAACUGCAAUGGCUCAGAAAACCAACAUCUUCACCAAGAUCACAUAUGAGAGAAAACAAUAUGUUGUUCUUACUCUCCAACCCAUAGCAUAUACAUAGAUAUACAUGCCAUGUUAUGUCUGUGACUUUGUGUUGUUUGGCUCUCUGCUCUCUCUCUCUCUCUGACUAAGUGCUCUGUCCAACAACAGUCCCUUGUCUGUACCCUGCCUUGGCUACUCAGCACCUUAACAAGAAGUGAAGUCCAUCUAGACAAGCUCAGAGUCAGCUUUGUGGUGAUGGGGAUGAAAAGCCAGAGAAUGAACAGGGGGACUUGAGGCAAAAGGAAAUGUUGAAAUUAUAAUAUAUAGCAGUUGUUUAUAUAGCAGUUGUUGAUGCCAUGGCAAAACUGUAUACAGUAGAGUGUGUUUGCAUGAUGUUAAUACUCCACAUGUUUAUGCGCUACAUUUGCUAGUCUAAAUAGGCUCUAAAGUUAAUUUGACUAAAUGUGCGGGUGUGCAUUCAAACACAUUUUAGAGGUUUAAUACCAUGGGAAAAUGUAUCAUUUUGUAUGAAAAAAAUCACUGCUGUGCUGUAGUGGAAGUCUGUCUGAAACUUACCAUAUGGUCUUUGUUUAACCAUGAUUUCUCUGUGGUUUCCAGUCCCUUAUGUUGGUUACAGUUUCAAAGUCAUGUAAACGGCUCAAGUCUAUUUGAAAUUGCUUAAGCAGUUUCAGCUGUUAUUUAGUAGAACGGAGGCAUUGUUUGGGGACAUUGUGCAUAUGCUUUGUAUUAGGAAGUGCUUGAAGUGAACAUUUAAUUGUUUAUCGUAAGGCUGUAGAUACUAUACUUGCCACACUUUCUACACAAACAUGCAUCUUUGUGGUGGUAGACAGACAAUACCCAUAGGGACACAUUGGAAUUGUUGGCAGAACUCGGGUCAUCAGCUGUUCCUCAGAUCAGUUUUCUUUGCUGAGACUGUGAGACAUACGGCAUUGCCUGUAGCAAGUUUUUGCUCCAGUAUAAAACUUUACCCACAUUUCAAUUAUGAAAAGCAUCCUAGUCUACAAUAAGGCAAACACUGGAUCAUGGCUCUGGGGUUUUGGUUGUCCUUAGGGGUCCAGAGCAGAGAAAGUGAGAGUGACUUUUACAGUUGCUGUCUGUCUGCACUUACUGGUAUCAGUAUAAAUCUAGGCUGAUGAUUUCACCAGCAGUCCUUCAGACCAGACCCCAGACCUUGAUGCUACUGUAGUAUAGUGAGAAUACCAGAAGCAGCAGGUAUGCCUUACAGUACAUUGCUCUUAUUGUGUGGAGAAGUAAUCAUUGAAGAAUUGGCACGUUCCAGUACAGGGAGAAUACCAGAAGCUCAGUCACACAACCGUGAGCAUUGGAUUGAGAACAAGUCUACAUAUUGGAAAAGUUGGUUGGAAUGGCAAUCCAGAACAGAACACCUGAUAUACUUUAGUAUUGUGUCGAAAGUAUAUGCCUUGUUUCGCAGUAUUUACAGGAAUACUGAUGUUGAAGGAACACACUUUCCAUGGACUGCUUGAUGUUGAGUUUGUCCCCGCCACACAAUCUCCAUGAUCCCUCCCUCCCAGGUCACUGCCCUCUCCCUCUGUUAUGGAUUUCAUCUAUCUGUAGAGCAGAAGAAAAUCUAUUGGGCUGCAGAUUAUGGCUUUAGUGUACUUUUGCCCUCAGGAAAUUGCAUCCGGGAUAGAGCUUUGCAAGAUGUCCUCAUCUUUGUUGAGUGGAAAACAACAACAGUGCAAUUGAGGCAGUUUCCAGAAAUGCUGCAUCUGCAUUUCUCAGUAGUUGUAAUGUAGCUUUUUUUUCUGUUCUGCAGUAAGUCAUCCUAUACAUGGUUAAUCUCUGCUAUCCAGGGAAAGCUGUGCUGCUAAGCUGGUGUGACCAAGUGCGCAUCAUUUACAGUGUGUUUAUGAUGUUGGCCCAGUUGUCUGCUGUACUGUAAUGUAAGUGGUGCAUUAUUUUAAUUACAUACUUGGUACAGCUAGCAGACCCAGGUGCUGGCAUGACCUGUGGCUAAUUAAGUUCUGCACUACAGUUUUUUGUUUUGGACAGACGGCACUCAGUCUUUUGAAGCGUUAUUGUUAUUAUGUAAUUAGCAACAUUGGUAAGUUUGUUUGUUUUAGCCUCAUACUCAGGUUACUGCUUGAGGGGAUGUGGAAGUCUUCUGAUGUAGACAUUUCCUUUUCAUCUCCCUCUUCCUAAUAUAUAAAGUGGGUAAAACUAAACAAGUAUGUUGAGUGUAGCUUAAGGAAUUAUCCAACUUUGCGGUCUGGGUUAGUUUUUUCUUUUGGAGACAUGGGGGGCCUCAGAGAACAGGAAAUGGACUCUAGGACAGAUUUUGAAUAACAUUUGAUGUGAACAUUUACGUUCCCCUAAUUAAUGUCUAUUUUCUUUUAAUUCUCCAGGCAUCUUAGCAAAAUGCUUGUGAUGAUUUGUGAUGGAUGUGUAAAUAUCUGUUGCAUUCGAAACUCAUUUUGAUAUUUGCAAUGGAGAUAAGCAUUUAAAGUGAUACAAUCUGGUUUGACAGCAACCUUUCUUUUUUUCGCUGUCACCUAAAUGUCUCCCAGAGAGUAAAUUGAUAGCCUGUUGGGUUUUUGACAGACAUGUCCGGUGAGGUUUACAGUCCUCACAUAAGGUAGUCCCCCUGGACACCCAUACUGUAACCACACUCACCAGGGAUAGAGCUGUUCGAGGAAAACAUGCUCGGAUACAUUACAAUAAUAACAUUUCAAAAAUACUGUCAGGCUAAUUUAUGGCAAAUUUAGUCUAUAUUUUGCAUGUAAUGUUGUCAAAAGGGAGUACUUUCUCCAGCAGCGGAGCGUGGGUAAAAUCACUGGGAAAGCGAAGGCAGAAACAAAUGCCAUAUUACAACCUAGAGUAUGUGUUGUGAUGAUUGCAGUGUUUGCUCUAUAACCUGUUAGUUCAUAUGCCUUGCGACCGUGAUAUACUGUAUAGGUCUAAGGCCGAGACAAUAAGAUGACACAUUUGCAGAAUAAAUUCAACCACACCUUUGUUUCAUCACAAAACCGGAGAGCAACCUCUGUCCGGUGAAGUCCACAGUUACAUGACCUACAGCAUGGUCAAGCAAGUGAAUGUUUCCGACAUUUUCGGACUACUAAACAACUAUUGAUUUAGAACCACAGAGAGUUACCGCAAGUCGCAAUGAAAACAGGAGCUGCCUUCACUAUUCCAGAACCAUUUCAACUUCAACAUUUCAACAUCAUCAAAUCACCUAUGUUUAGUCUAAUACAGUGACAACUAAAAGAUACUGAAAGCAAUUUAGUCCAAUCAACGUAAGCUAAAUAUGAUGUGGCUGUUCGUGGUUCUAAUUUCUGUGUGUGUGCCUGCGUGCAAGUGGAGAAAGCAUGUUGACUCACCCAACUUGUAGAGAAAUGCCAAUGCCAUCCUCCUCUCUUUAAUGUUGAUGAUACGGUCUAUGACUUAGUCAUACAGUACACACUUUAAUUAUUUGUUGUCCUAGACUACCUGGCUAAAAUGCUUGCUCACUAGCCUAACUUCCUUUCAUGGGCAAUGUUAGCUAGUUAACAUUAGCCUUCUACAUCUAGCUAAAUUGAACUUCCAUCCUCUCAGGCCAGGGGCACAAUGUAUGAAUUUAUGGUUGGAUCUGAAUCGCCAUUAUAAUCAUUGACCAGUACUUAGAAUUAAGUAAAACCACAAGUCCAAAUCCCUAUCUCUGUCCAUGGCUAAUUUAGGAAAGGGGCAAUUUUAGCUAGCUAGCUAGCCACUGGAGAACAUCAACACAACGAGGUGCAACAAUUCAAGUUUUCUUUCUUCUGUCAAUGACGUUUGGUUUGAUGCGAUGUGAUAGGAAUGAAGCCAAAUACAAACUGGCUUCCCUUGAGACUUUCUUUUGGUGUGCCAGGACCAUUCACAGUUGAGCUCACUCAUUUUAGCUCAAUGCUGAUUGGGUAUUAUUUUAUACUUUUUUAUCAAGGGAGGCCAAAUGCUCGCUGGCUUCCCUUGCAUUCAAUGCUAUGGACGGCAACAAUGUCAUACUCUUUUUGACCAGAUAGAUGGCCUGCCUACACAUACAGAGACAGAGGGGCGCUGUUUCGCUCACUUGGAUGCUUUCUCUGGUGAGAUACAUUCAGCCUCUUGCGAAUUGAAGGAAAAUUAUGAAACACAGAUAUCUGACUCGGAUCAGGCUCUAAAUUGUUUUACUUCUUUGCUAAACUUUAUUGCAGACAAGCAUGCACCGUUCAAGAAACUAAGAUUAAAGGAUAGAGCUAAUCCCGGGUUCACACAUGAACUAUCAGAGAAACUUCAGGAGACAAACGUAGCUUGGGCUGACUGAUUAUACGUCUGACUGGCAGUCCUUCAGACGCUUGAGAAAUAGAUGUCUAUCCCUGGUUAGAAAAACAAAAUGUACAUACAGUGGGGAAAAAAAGUAUUUAGUCAGCCACCAAUUGUGCAAGUUCUCCCACUUAAAAAGAUGAGAGAGGCCUGUAAUUUUCAUCAUAGGUACACGUCAACUAUGACAGACAAAUUGAGAAAAAAAUAUCCAGAAAAUCACAUUGUAGGAUUUUUGAUGAAUUUAUUUGCAAAUUAUGGUGGAAAAUAAGUAUUUGGUCACCUACAAACAAGCAAGAUUUCUGGCUCUCACAGACCUGUAACUUCUUCUUUAAGAGGCUCCUCUGUCCUCCACUCGUUACCUGUAUUAAUGGCACCUGUUUGAACUUGUUAUCAGUAUAAAAGACACCUGUCCACAACCUCAAACAGUCACACUCCAAACUCCCCUAUGGCCAAGACCAAAGAGCUGUCAAAGGACACCAGAAACAAAAUUGUAGACCUGCACCAGGCUGGGAAGACUGAAUCUGCAAUAGCUAAGCAGCUUGGUUUGAAGAAAUCAACUGUGGGAGCAAUUAUUAGGAAAUGGAAGACAUACAAGACCACUGAUAAUCUCCCUCGAUCUGGGGCUCCACGCAAGAUCUCACCCCGUGGGGUCAAAAUGAUCACAAGAACGGUGAGCAAAAAUCCCAGAACCACACGGGGGGACCUAGUGAAUGACCUGCAGAGAGCUGGGACCAAAGUAACAAAGCCUACCAUCAGUAACACACUACGCCGCCAGGGACUCAAAUCCUGCAGUGCCAGACGUGUCCCCCUGCUUAAGCCAGUACAUGUCCAGGCCCGUCUGAAGUUUGCUAGAGUGCAUUUGGAUGAUCCAGAAGAGGAUUGGGAGAAUGUCAUAUGGUCAGAUGAAACCAAAAUAGAACUUUUUGGUAAAAACUCAACUCGUCGUGUUUGGAGGACAAAGAAUGCUGAGUUUCAUCCAAAGAACACCAUACCUACUGUGAAGCAUGGGGGUGGAAACAUCAUGCUUUGGGGCUGUUUUUCUGCAAAGGGACCAGGACAACUGAUCCGUGUAAAGGAAAGAAUGAAUGGGGCCAUGUAUCGUGAGAUUUUGAGUGAAAACCUCCUUCCAUCAGCAAGGGCAUUGAAGAUGAAACGUGGCUGGGUCUUUCAGCAUGACAAUGAUCCCAAACACACUGCCCGGGCAACGAAGGAGUGGCUUCGUAAGAAGCAUUUCAAGGUCCUGGAGUGGCCUAGCCAGUCUCCAGAUCUCAACCCCAUAGAAAAUCUUUGGAGGGAGUUGAAAGUCCGUGUUGCCCAGCGACAGCCCCAAAACAUCACUGCUCUAGAGGAGAUCUGCAUGGAGGAAUGGGCCAAAAUACCAGCAACAGUGUGUGAAAACCUUUUGAAGACUUACAGAAAACAUUUGACCUGUGUCAUUGCCAACAAAGGGUAUAUAACAAAGUAUUGAGAAACUUUUGUUAUUGACCAAAUACUUAUUUUCCACCAUAAUUUGCAAAGAAAUUCAUUAAAAAUCAUGAUUUUCAGGAUUUCUUUUUCUCAUUUUGUCUGUCAUAGUUGACGUGUACCUAUGAUGAAAAUUACAGGCCUCUCUCAUCUUUUUAAGUGGGAGAACUUGCACAAUUGGUGGCUGACUAAAUACUUUUUUCCCCCACUGUACUUCUUGAAAUGUGUAUCUGAGAAUGGUGUGAAUCCAGCUGCCUUCUGGAAGAUAGUCAAAUCACUGAAACAAUACUCCACCCCCUCAUUGCCCCAGCAGGUUAUGACAGCCUCCGGUCCCAUAACAGAUUAGAUGGACAUUUGUGGUGCUUUUAAUAAACACUUUGCCUAAGCGGGCCACUUAUUUAAAAAAAUUGCUUCUGAAAACUCUGAUUCCAGUAGAGGGAGUCCUUAACUCACCUCAAGCCAGGUUGCAGAGAACGAUACAUUCCCAGAUACACAUUCCUCAUUUUCAUAUCUACCAUUUGAUGUCUAUGAUUUACUAAGUGCCUUAUUGAAGAUCGCUGUAAAAAAAAUAUAUAUAUACUGGGGCUGACUCACUUGACCCCUUUUUGCUGCAGCGGUCUGCCCCACUUAAUGCGGAAUCAUUAACCUAUAUUUUUUACUUGACAAUUGUUUCUGGGGUUAUCCCUAUGAUCUGGAAAAUGGCACAAGUCUUCCCCCUACACAAAGGCGGAGAUCCUUCUGACUUCGAUAACUACCGUCCAAUUUCCAAGCUAUCUUGCCUCGCCAAAGUUUUAGUCCCUGGCCAACUCUCAGCUUAGAAAAUGUACUACUUCUCAUUUUAUUCUUAAUGAGCACCAAUCUGGUUUUAGACCUGUACAUAGCACUGUUUCAGCGGCUACACAUGUCUUAGAUGAUGUGCUAUAUUGUUUAGACCAUAAAAAUCCUUGUGCUGCCUUAUUUAUUGACCUGUCGAAGGCGUUUGAUAGGGUUGAUCAUUUCUUACUUGUUCAAAGGUUCUCUGAAAUAGGCCUAGAUCAGGCAUCUUGCAAUUUUUUCAUGGACAGUCUACUUUUUUUUUUACGAUUACUUUUGUCUUCUUCAAACAAUACAAAACAUACACAUACACACAACAGCAUACAAACAUCAACAACAUCACACCUGCCCAGGCCCACCUGCUCACAUCCCCGUCUCCAGCGCCCGCAUCACUCUCCGCCACAUGGCCUCAAACUCCACCAUUUUGUUUCUCUCCAUCGCCCACGCGCUUUCAACAUUUUAGAUAAUAAAGCAUUUGACCUUUCCAUUGUGUUAACAAUGGAGGAUUGGUUGAUUUCCCGUUUUUAAGUAUACGUUUUUUCAAGAUAUUUGACGCGAAAAGUAUUGUCCAACCCAUCGGGUAUCUCACUGCACCCUCAUAUGCCAUGUCUUGAAAUAUACAGACAGGCAGAUUAAAAGUAAAUUUGCAUUGUAAUACUUCUGACAGACAACUUUCUAACUCUGCCCAUAACUUUUGGACUUUAUAGCAUUCCCAGAAGGCAUGGAUUAUUGAGUCAUUGUUAGUUUUAGACUUAAUACAUGACUCUGUCGUUGUGCUGUAGAAUUUGAGAAUUUUGUCUCGUAUAAUAAAUUCUAUAUAUUAGUUUAUACUGGAUUAAGCAUACAUUUCUGUUAACUGUAAUUUCGUUAGUUAUGUUCCAGCAUUCUCUCCAUCUUGUGCCAAUAUCAUUUAUUUUUAUGUUUUUUUCCAAUAGUUAAUAAAAAAAAAUUCUAAGAGAUUGUCAGUUGGCUCUCUGCAAGGUUUUGCAUAUCUUACCUAUCAUAUGAAUAUCAUUUUCUGACUAAAACAGGAUUCCCUCAAGAUUGCUCUGAUGUCCAAAAGAUUUCAAAUAGAAAUGUAAUCAUAUGAAACUUAAGUUGCAUGUAUUUGAAAAUAUCUACAUUGGUCAGUCCAAAAUUGCUUUUGAAUUCUGUCAUAGAAAUAAAUGUAUUCAUUACCAAGUAAUUUACGGUUUCUAUGCCUUUAGUUUUCCAUGUGGACCAAUUUAUUGGUGAAUUCUGAAAAGCUAUCUAAGGAUUGUUCCAUAUGGUUGUGUUUUUAGGGAGUGGUAUUGGUUCUUGUAGAAUACGUUUCAUUUUCCUCCAUAUUGUUAUAGUGUUCUUAACUAUGAAAUUGCUAAUGUUCGUAGCUUUAUACUUUGAAAAUAGACAUGUAAAAAGUUUCUGGGGUUGAGCAUGCACAUCUUCAAUAUGUACCCAUUGUUCCUCUUUAGUUAACUCAACUAUAUGUUGCAAGUGGCGCAGUGGUCUAAGGCACUGCAUCGCAGUGCUAGCUGUGCCACGAGUUCGAAUCCAGGCUCUGUCGUAGCCGGCCGCGACCGGGAGACCCAUGGGGCGGCGCACAAUUGGCCCAGCGUCGUCCAGGGUAGGGGAGGGAAUGGCCGGCAGGGAUGUAGCUCAGUUGGUAGAGCAUGGCGUUUGCAACGCCAGGGUUGUGGGUUCGAUUCCCACGGGGGGCCAGUAUGAAAAAUAAAAUGAUGUAUGCACUCAAUAACUGUAAGUCGCUCUGGAUAAGAGCUUCUGCUAAAUGACUAAAAUGUAAAAUGUAAGUAAAAGCCUUGGUUGGCGAGUUGAUACAAUUCCAAGUCUGAAAGGUUGAAACCACCCCAGACUUAAGAAGAAGUAAAACUGUCCUUUUUAUUCUAUGAGUUUUAUUUUCCCAUAUAAAAUCUGUUAUGAUCGAGUAUACUUUUUAAAAGAAUGUAUUCGGUGGAGUAAUUGGUAUUACCGAGAAUAAAUAUAACAGUGUGUGCUUACUGACGGUAUCAAAUCUACUUUCCUCAAUAUUACGAAAUGUGCCACAUGGGUCGAUUUUGGGCCCUGUUCUCAUCACUAUUUUAUAAAUAAUAUUGGUCUAUCUGUUAACCUGUAACAUUCAUAUCUACGUGGAUGAUAUUUAUUUACUCCUGUGUCUCCUCAGUACAGCAGGCCAUUCAUGACCUUCAGCAUGGUUUUGACUAAAUUCAAAAAUCGCUUACUGAUCUUAAACUAGUGCUAAAUGCUAAUAAAACCAACUUUAUGUUGUUCUCUAGGUCUCGUUAUAUUCAACCUGAGGACCUGCAUAUUUGCACAUUGAUUGAGCAAGUUCCCCAUGAUAAGUACUUGGGUAUUUGUAUUGACAAUAAGCUCUCUUUUUAAAAUACACAUUGAAAAACUGACAAAAAAGCAGAGAAUUAAGAUUGGUUUAUUUUAUAGAAAUAAAUCCUGCAUAACUUUGGAUAGUAGGAGGAAGACUGUUCAAACAACGCUUCUCCCACUACUUGAUUAUGGUGAUAUAAUCUACAUGCAUGCGGCAGAUUCUGUUUUAAAACCUUUAGAUUCAGUCUAUCACUCAGCACUGCGUUUUAUCACUGGGGAUCAUUUUCGUACACAUCACUGCAUUUUGUAUAGUUCUGUUGGCUAGGAGUCUGACUACCAGAUGGGCCCAGCAUUGGCUAAUUUUUGUAUAUAAAGCGGUUCUUCAGAGACUCCUGGACUACCUCAGCUCACAUAUUAAUUGGAUAUCCAGCAAUUUUCAGACCCGCUCUCUGGACUGGCUGGUUCUGGAGGUGCUUUUAGUUUUUAUGCCCCCAGCUCAUGGAAUAGCCUUCAGGCCACCUUGAAAUUAAACUUGCCGGUCUCCAUUGGACAGUUUAGAUUGAGUUUGUUAAAUAGUUAACCAAUAACUACCCGGACUAUCUGUAUUGACCCUUUUUGCACUAACUGUUUUGACUCAUCUCAUACGCUGCUGCUACUGUUUAUUAACUAUCCUUUUGCCUAGUCACUUUAUCCCUACCAAUAUGUACAUAUCUACCUUAACUACCUCGUACUCCUGCACAUAGCCAAGUUAUCGUUACUCAUUGUGCAUUUAUUCCUUGUGUUAUUAUUUUUCUAUUAUUUCUAUUUUUUCACUCUGUAUUGUUGAGAAGGGCCCAUAAGUAAGCAUUUCACUGUUAGUCUACACCUGUUGUUUACGACGCAUGUGACAAAUAAAAUAAUAUUUCAUUUUAUUUUAAUGUUUACUCUGUGAAAAGGGUGGAGGUUAUGUUUGUCCCAUGUCUUUAUUUUCCCUGAACGUCAUUUAGCCACACAAGCCCCUCCAGAUAAUGUUAAGUGUUUCUUGUUUUUCUAGGGCCCUAACUCAAAUAAAAUCAAAUCAAAUUGUAUUUGUCACAUACACGUGUUUAGCAGAUGUUAUAGCCGGUGUAGCGAAAUGCUUGUGCUUCUAGCUCCAACAGUGCAGUAAUAUCUAACAAGUAAUAUCUAACAAUUUCACAACAUAUACCCAAUACACACAAAACUAGUAAGGAAUGGGAUUUAAGAAUAUAUACAUAUAUGGACAAGCAAUGACAGACCGGCAUGGACUAAGAUACAGUAGAAUAUUAUAGAAAAUAAUGUAGUAUAUACAUAUGAGAUGAGUAGUGCAAGAUAUGUAAACAUUAUUAAAGUGACUAGUGUUCCAUUUCUUAAAGUGGCCAGUGAUUUCAAUAGGCAAUAGGCAGCCUCUAAUGUGCUAGUGAUGGCUAUUUAACAGUCUGAUGGCCUUCAGAUAGAAGCUGUUUUCCAUUCUCUCUGUCCCAGCUUUGAUGUACCUGUACUGACCUCGCCUUCUGGAUGAUAGCGGGCUGAACAGGCAGUGGCUCAGGUGGUUGAUGUCCUUGAUGAUCUUUUUGGUCUUCCUGUGACAUCGGGUGCUGUAUGUGUCUUGGAGGGCGGGUAGUUUGCCCCCGGUAAUGCGUUCGGCAGACCGCACCACCCUCUGGAGAGCCCUGCGGUUGUGGGCGGUGCAGUUGCCGUACCAGGCGGUGAUACAGCCCAACAGGAUGCUCUCAAUUGUGCAUCUGUAAAAGUUUGUGAGGGUUUUAGCUGCUAAGCCGAAUUUCUUCAGCCUCCUGAGGUUGAAGAGGCUCUGUUGCGCCUUCUUCACAACACUGUCUGCGUGGGUGGACCAUUUCAGUUUGUCGGUGAUGUGUACGCCAAGGAACUUGAAGCUUUCCACCUUCUCCACUGCGGUCCCGUAGAUGUGGAUUGGGGGGUGCACCCUCUGCUGUUUGCUGAAGUCCACGAUCAUCUCCUUUGUUUUCUUGAUGUUGAGUGAGAGGUUAUUUUCCUGGCACCGCACUCCCAGAGUCUUGUCAUUGUUGGUAAUCAAGCCUAAUACUGUUGUGUCGUCUGCAAACUUGAUGAUUGAGUUGGAGGCGUGCUUGGCCACGCAGUCAUGGGUGAACAGGGAGUACAGGAGGGGGCUGAGCACGCACCCUUGUGGGGCCCCAGUGUUGAGGAUCAGCAAAGUGGAGAUGUUGUUUCCUACCUUCACCACCUGGGAGCGGCCCGUCAGGAAGUACAGGACCCAGUUGCACAGUUUGGAGGGUACUAUGGUGUUGAAUGCUGAGCUAUAGUCAAUGAACAGCAUUCUUACAUAGGUAUUCCUCUUGUCCAGAUGGGAUAGGGCAGUGUGCAGUGUGAUGGCGAUUGCAUCGUCUGUGGAUCUAUUGGGGCGGUAAGCAAAUUGAAGUGGGUCUGGGGUAACAGGUAAGGUAGAGGUGAUAUGAUCCUUGACUAGUCUCUCAAAGCACUUCAUGAUAACAGAGGUGAGUGCUACAGGGCGAUAGUCAUUUAGUUUAGUUACUUUUGCUUUCUUGGGUACAGGAACAAUGGUGGCCAUCUUGAAGCAUGUGGGAACAGCAGACUGGGAAAGGGAGAUAUUGAAUAUGUCCAUAAACACACCAGCCAGCUGGUCUGCGCAUGCUCUGAGGACGCGGCUAGGGAUGCCGUCUGGGCCGGCAGCCUUGCGGGGGUUAACAUGAUUAGCUACAUCGCUUCAGAAACCCUGAGAGAGACCUGGGCCGUUUUACACAAUCUCGCUCUGGGCUCUGGGUUUCUGAAGCGAUGUAGCUAAUCAUGGUUCAGUUUUAUAUGCAUCCAAAAUGAAGUGAAAAUCUGUUCAGUUGUUUACCCUUUCACUUUUGCAGAGUUUGAGGCUAAGCAUCUGCCUCCAACCCCACUCAAACUGAUCACCUGUCUCCAUGUCCAUGGUAGACAAAAAAGCAUAUUCCAGCCCGAGUCGAUCCAUGCCUUCACUAAUGUGAUCCAUGUCAUUCUACUGAUCUGUAGCUAGUGUUUCCGUGCUGUGGGAUUGGGCUCCCCUGAUGCAGCCGGAUACGGUAUUCUGAGUUGAGUUCAUUUGGUAAACUGUGGAUUAGCUGUUGCUCCAGAUUUGUUUUAUUGCGUGUACAUCUGCACUGGUCCCCCAUUAGUAGGCACUAAGCUCUGAGCACUGAGCAGGGAGGAAUCUCGUUCCACUCAUGCCUCAUGUGCAAGGGCUGAUGGAAGAUGGCCCGACAGACAUGGCAGCUCUGCUUCUAGCUCCUAAGCAACAUGAGGUGUGUGUUAUUUAUUACAUUAUACAAGCAUUUCGCUACACCCGCAAUAACAUCUGCUAAAUAUGUGUAUGUGAUCAAUAAAAUUUGAUUUUUAUACACAUUUUUGUGUAGUGACUGAGUGUACUAUAAGUAAAGUGCCUUCAGAAAGUAUUCACACCCCUUGACUUUUUCCACAUUUUUUGUUUUAUGUGUUCUCUUUUAUUUUAUUCUUUUUUUAUAUACAGUGGGGAGAACAAGUAUUUGAUACACUGCCGAUUUUGCGGGUUUUCCUACUUACAAAGCAUGUAGAGGUCUGUAAUUUUUUAUCAUAGGUACACUUCAACUGUGAGAGACGGAAUCUAAAACAAAAAUCCAGAAAAUCACAUUGUAUGAUUUUUAAGUAAUUAAUUUGCAUUUUAUUGCAUGACAUAAGUAUUUGAUCACCUACCAACCAGUAAGAAUUCUGGCUUUCACAGACCUGUUAGUUUUUUUUUAAGAAGCCCUCCUGUUCUCCACUCAUUACCUGUAUUAACUGCACCUGUUUGAACUCGUUACCUGUAUAAAAGACACCUGUCCACACACUCAAUCAAACAGACUCCAACCUCUCCACAAUGGCCAAGACCAGAGAGCUGUGUAAGGACAUCAGGGAUAAAAUUGUAGACCUGCACAAGGCUGGGAUGGGCUACAGGACAAUAGGCAAGCAGCUUGGUGAGAAGGCAACAACUGUUGGCGCAAUUAUUAGAAAAUGGAAGAAGUUCAAGAUGACGGUCAAUCACCCUCGGUCUGGGGCUCCAUGCAAGAUCUCACCUCGUGGGGCAUCAAUGAUCAUGAGGAAGGUGAGGGAUGAGCCCAGAACUACACGGCAGGACCUGGUCAAUGACCUGAAGAGAGCUGGGACCACAGUCUCAAAGAAAACCAUUAGUAACACACUAGUAACACACUACGCCGUCAUGGAUUAAAAUCCUGCAGCGCACGCAAGGUCCCCCUGCUCAAGCCAGCGCAUGUCCAGGCCUGUCUGAAGUUUGCCAAUGACCAUCUGGAUGAUCCAGAGGAGGAAUGGGAGAAGGUAAUGUGGUCUGAUGAGACAAAAAUAGAGCUUUUUGGUCUAAACUCCACUCGCCGUGUUUGGAGGAAGAAGAAGGAUGAGUACAACCCCAAGAACACCAUCCCAACCGUGAAGCAUGGAGGUGGAAACAUCAUUCUUUGGGGAUGCUUUUCUGCAAAGGGGACAGGAAGACUGCAUCGUAUUGAGGGGAGGAUGGAUGGGGCCAUGUAUCGCGAGAUCUUGGCCAACAACCUCCUUCCCUCAGUAAGAGCAUUGAAGAUGGGUCGUGGCUGGGUCUUCCAGCAUGACAACGACCCGAAACACACAGCCAGGGCAACUAUGGAGUGGCUCCGUAAGAGGCAUCUCAAGGUCCUGGAGUGGCCUAGCCAGUCUCCAGACCUGAACCCAAUAGAAAAUCUUUGGAGGGAGCUGAAAGUCCGUAUUGCCCAGCGACAGCCCCGAAACCUGAAGGAUCUGGAGAAGGUCUGUAUGGAGGAGUGGGCCAAAAUCCCUGCUGCAGUGUGUGCAAACCUGGUCAAGACCUACAGGAAACGUAUGAUCUCUGUAAUUGCAAACAAAGGUUUCUGUACCAAAUAUUAAGUUCUGCUUUUCUGAUGUAUCAAAUACUUAUGUCAUGCAAUAAAAUGCAAAUUAAUUACUUAAAAAUCAUACAAUGUUUUGUUUUAGAUUCCGUCUCUCACAGUUGAAGUGUACCUAUGAUAAAAAUUACAGACCUCUACAUGCUUUGUAAGUAGGAAAACCUGCAAAAUCGGCAGUGUAUCAAAUACUUGUUCUCCCCACUGUAUGUGUAUAUAUAUAUAUAUAUAUUUAUUUUAUUUUAGUCAUUUAGCAGAUGCUCUUAUCCAGAGUGACUUACAGGAGCAAUUAGGGUUAAGUGCCUUGCUCAAGGGCACAUAGACAGAUUUUUCACCUAGUCCCACUUUGUUGUGUUACAAAGUGGGAUUUAAUUGUGUAUACAGUGAGGGGAAAAAAGUAUUUGAUCCCCUGCUGAUUUUGUACGUUUGCCCACUGACAAAGAAAUUAUCAGUCUAUAAUUUUAAUGGUAGGUUUAUUUGAACAGUGAGAGACAGAAUAACAACAACAAAAAUCCAGAAAAACGCAUGUAAAAAAUCGUAUGAAUUGAUUUGCAUUUUAAUGAGGGAAAUAAGUAUUUGACCCCCUCUCAAUCAGAAAGAUUUCUGGCUCCCAGGUGUCUUUUAUACAGGUAACGAGCUGAGAUUAGGAGCACACUCUUAAAGGGAGUGCUCCUAAUCUCAGCUUGUUACCUAUAUAAAAGACACCUGUCCACAGAAGCAAUCAAUCAAUCAGAUUCCAAACUCUCCACCAUGGCCAAGACCAAAGACCUCUCCAAGGAUGUCAGGGACAAGAUUGUAGACCUACACAAGGCUGGAAUGGGCUACAAGACCAUCGCCAAGCAGCUUGGUGAGAAGGUGACAACAGUUGGUGCGAUUAUUCGCAAAUGGAAGAAACACAAAAGAACUGUCAAUCUCCCUCGGCCUGGGGCUCCAUGCAAGAUCUCACCUCGUGGAGUUGCAAUGAUCAUGAGAACGGUGAGGAAUCAGCCCAGAACUACAUGGGAGGAUCUUGUCAAUGAUUUCAAGGCAGCUGGGACCAUAGUCACCAAGAAAACAAUUGGUAACACACUACGCCAUGAAGGACUGAAAUCCUGCAGUGCCCGCAAGGUCCCCCUGCUCAAGAAAGCACAUAUACAUGCCCGUCUGAAGUUUGCCAAUGAACAUUUGAAUGAUUCAGAGGAGAACUGGGUGAAAGUGUUGUGGUCUGAUGAGACCAAAAUGGAGCUCUUUGGCAUCAACUCAACUCGCCGUGUUUGGAGGAGGAGGAAUGCUGCCUAUGACCCCAAGAACACCAUCCCCACCGUCAAACAUGGAGGUGGAAACAUUAUGCUUUGGGGGUGUUUUUCUGCUAAGGGGACAGGACAACUUCACCGCACCAAAGGGACGAUGGACGGGGCCAUGUACCGUCAAAUCUUGGGUGAGAACCUCCUUCCCUCAGACGUAUAAUCAGUCAGCCCAAGCUACGUUUGUCUCCUGAAGUUUCUCUGAUAGUUCAUGUGUGAACCCGGGAUUAGCUCUAUCCUUUAAUCUUUGUUUCUUGAACGGGCAUGCUUGUCUGCAAUAAAGUUUAGCAAAGAAGUAAAACAAUUUAGAGCCUGAUCCGAGUCAGAUAUCUGUGUUUCAUAAUUUUCCUUCAAUUUUCCAGAAAUCUUGCUGGUUUGUAGGUGACCAAAUACUUAUUUUCCACCAUCAUUUGCAAAUAAAUUCAUAAAAAAUCCUACAAUGUGAUUUUCUGGAUUUAUUUUUCUCAAUUUGUCUGUCAUAGUUGACGUGUACCUAUGAUGAAAAUUACAGGCCUCUCUUAUCUUUUUAAGUGGGAGAACUUGCACAAUUGGUGGCUGACUAAAUACUUUUUUCCCCACUGUAAGCUAAUGAUCCAACAUGUAUGACAUUCCUGGGAGUGUGUAAACAUGUAUUACCAUAUCAUUUUUGUAUGUUCUCUAUAGUUAUGUACUUGAAAAUGUAUCAAUUGACCAAUUCGACACAUUUGGGCAGACUUGAUAUAAAAUAGUCCAGUAUUGCAAUGCUUCACUGGAUCAAUCUGAAACUUUGCACACACACUUCUGCCACCUAGUGGCCAAAAUUGCGCCUAAACUGCAAUAUUAUAUUGUGGCCUUUCUCUUGCAUUUCAAAGAUGAUGGAACAAAAAAAUAAUAGAAAACACAUUUUUUUGUUUGUAUUAUCUUUUACCAGAUCUAAUGUGUUAUAUUCUCCUACAUUAAUUUCAAAUUUCCACAAACUUCAAAGUGGAAGAAGAUGGCUGCCGUUUUACAGCCCUCUAACCAAUUGUACUAUUAUGUGUGUUUUUCCGCGUUAUUUGUAAUUUAUUUUGUACAUAAUGUUUCUGCCAUCGUCUCUUAUAACCAAAGAGAGCUUCUGGAUAUCAGGACAGCGAUUACUCACCUGGUAUUGGACGAAGACUUUUUCUUCAACGAGGCGUUCGCGAAGGAUAUUCUACAGACACCCAACAAGGCCCAGAUCCCCGUCAUUCGCGUGAGGAAGAGACGGAGAUAUCGUGGACGCAGAUCCGGGUGCCUUGUAAGGAUCCGACGGCGAACGAGUAAACUGCCUCUCCCAUCAAUCCUAUUAGCCAACGUUCAAUCUUUUGAGAAUAAAAUUGACGAUUUAAGAUUACGGUUAUCCUACCAACGGGACAUUAAAAACUGUAAUAUCUUAUGUUUCACGGAGUCGUGGCUGAACGACAACAAUGACAACAUUCAGCUAGCAGGCUAUACGCUACAUCGGCAGGACAGAACGUCUAACUCUGGUAAGACAAGGGGCGGCGGUCUGUGUAUAUUUGUAAACAACAGCUGGUGUACAAAAUCAAAUACUAAGGAAGUCUCGAGGUUUUGCUCGCCUGAGGUAGAGUAUCUUAUGAUAAGCUGUAGACCACACUAUUUACCAAGAGAGUUUUCAUCUAUAUUUUUCAUAGCUGUCUAUUUACCACCACAAACCAAUGCUGGCAUUAAGAUUGCACUGAAUGAGUUGUACAAGGCCAUUAAUCAACAGGAAAACGCUCAUCCAGAUGCAGCGCUCCUAGUAGCCGGGGACUUUAAUGCAGGGAAACUUAAAUCCGUUCUACCUCAUUUCUACCAGCAUGUUAAAUGUGCAACCAGAGGGGAAAAAACUCUAGACCACCUUUACUCCACACACAGAGACGCAUACAAAGCUCUCCCUCGCCCUCCAUUUGGCAAAUCUGACCAUAACUCUAUCCUCCUGAUUCCUGCUUAUAAGCAAAAACUGAAGCAGGAAGCACCAGUGAUUCGGCUAAUAAAAAAGUGGUCAGAUGACGCAGAUGCUAAGCUACAGGACUGUUUUGCUAGCACAGACUGGAACAUGUUCCGGGAUUCUUCAGACAGCAUUGAGGAGUACACCACAUCAGUCACUGGCUUCAUCAAUAAGUGCAUCGAUGAUGUCGUCCCCACAGUGACCGUACGUACAUACCCCAACCAGAAGCCAUGGAUUACAGGAAACAUCCGCACUGAGCUAAAGGGUAGAGCUGCCGCUUUCAAGGAACGGGACUCUAACCCGGACGCUUAUAAGAAAUCCCGCUAUGACCUCCGACGAACCAUCAAACAGGCAAAGAGUCAAUACAGGUCUAAGAUUGAAUCAUACUACACUGGCUCUGACGCUCGUCGGAUGUGGCAGGGCUUGAAAACUAUUACAGACUACAAAGGGAAGCACAGCCGCGAGCUGCCCAGUGACACAAGCCUACCAGACGAGCUAAACCACUUCUAUGCUCGCUUCGAGGCAAGCAACACUGAAGCAUGCAUGAGAGCACCAGCUGUUCCGGACGACUAUGUGAUCACGCUCUCCGUAGCCGAUGUGAGUAAGACUUUUAAGCAGGUCAACAUUCACAAGGCCGCAGGGCCAGACGGAUUACCAGGACGUGUACUCCGAGCAUGUGGUGACUCCUUGCUGUCCCCAGUCCGCCUGGCCUUGCUGCUAUUCCAGUUUCAACUGUUCUGCCUGCGGUUAUGGAACCCCUACCUGUCCCAGACCUGCUGUUUUCAACUCUUAAUGAUCGGCUAUGAAAAGCCAACUGAGAUUUAUUCCUGAUUAUUAUUUGACAUUACUAGCUGUUUGGGGUUUUAGGCUGGGUUUCUGUACAGCACUUCGAGAUAUCAGCUGAUGUACGAAGGGCUAUAUAAAAUAAAAUUGAUUGAUUGAUUGAUGUGCUGACCAACUGGCAAGUGUCUUCACUGACAUUUUCAACAUGUCCCUGACUGAGUCUGUAAUACCAACAUGUUUCAAGCAGACCACCAUAGUCCCCGUGCCCAAGAACUCUAAGAUAACCUGCCUAAAUGACUACCGACCCGUAGCACUGACGUCUGUAGCCAUGAAGUGCUUUGAAAGACUGGUCAUGGCUCACAUCAACAGCAUAAUCCCAGAAACCCUAGACCCACUCCAAUUUGCAUACCGCCCCAACAGAUCCACAGAUGAUGCAAUCUCUAUCGCACUCCACACUGCCCUUUCCCACCUGGACAAGAGGAACACCUACGUGAGAAUGCUAUUCAUUGACUACAGCUCAGCAUUCAACACCAUAGUGCCCUCUAAGCUCAUCACUAAGCUAAGGAUCCUGGGACUAAACACCUCCCUCUGCAACUGGAUCCUGGACUUCCUGACGGGCCGCCCCCAGGUGGUAAGGGUAGGUAACAACACAUCUGCCACACUGAUCCUCAACACGGGGGCCCCUCAGGGGUGCGUGCUCAGUCCCCUCCUGUACUCUCUGUUCACCCAUGACUGCAUGGCCAGGCACGACUCCAACACCAUCAUUAAGUUUGCCGACGACACAACAGUGGUAGGCCUGAUCACCGACAACGAUGAGACAGCCUAUAGGGAGGAGGUCAGAGAUCUGGCCGUGUGGUGCCAGGACAACAACCUCUCCCUCAACGUGACCAAGACAAAGGAGAUGAUUGUGGACUACAGGAAAAAAAAGAGGACUGAGCACGCCCCCAUUCUCAUCGACGGGGCUGUAGUGGAACAGGUUGAGAGCUUCAAGUUCCUUGGUGUCCACAUCACCAACGAACUAUCAUGGUCCAAACACACCAAGACAGUCGUGAAGAGGGCACGACAAAGCCUAUUCCCCCUCAGGAGACUAAAAAGAUUUGGCAUGGGUCCUCAGAUCCUAAAAAAAUUCUACAGCUGCACCAUCGAGAGCAUCCUGACUGGUUGCAUCACCGCCUGGUAUGGCAACUGCUUGGCCUCUGACCGCAAGGCACUACAGAGGGUAGUGCGUACGGCCCAGUACAUCACUGGGGCAAAGCUCCCUGCCAUCCAGGACCUCUAUACCAGGCGGUGUCAGAGGAAGGCCCUCAAAAUUGUCAAAGACUCCAGCCACCCUAGUCAUAGACUGUUCUCUCUGCUACCGCACGGCAAGCGGUACCGGAGUGCCAAGUCUAGGUCCAAAAGACUUCUCAACAGCUUCUACCCCCAAGCCAUAAGACUCCUGAACAGCUAAUCAUGGCUACCCGGACUAUUUGCACUGCCCCCCCACCCCAUCCUUUUUACGCUGCUGCUACUCUGUUAAGUAUUUAUGCAUAGUCACUUUAACUCUACCCACAUGUACAUAUUACCUCAACUACCUCAACUAGCCGGUGCCCCCGCACAUUGACUAUGCAACGGUACCCCCCUGUAUAUAUAGCCUCCCUACUGUCACUUUAUUUUACUGUAUAUAUAGCCUCCCUACUGUCACUUUAUUUUACUUCUGCUCUUUUUUUCUCAACACUUUUUUGUUGUUGUUUUAUUCUUACUUUUUUGUUUAAAAUAAAUGCACUGUUGGUUAAGGGCUGUAAGUAAGCAUUUCACUGUAAUGUCUGCACCUGUUGUAUUCGGCGCAUGUGGCCAAUAAAAUUUGAUUUGAUUUGAUUUGAAGAAUAUGCAUAUCCUUGCUUCAGGUCCUGAGCUACAGGCAGUUAGAUUUGGGUAUGUCAUUUUAGGAGAAAAUUUUAAAAAAGGGUCCGAUCCUUAUUAAUGGUGUCAGAGACAGGGCAGAGCAGGCCUGUCACCACAUACAGUAGCUGCACUGUUUCUCUGGAUUUGUCUGUAAUCCCUGUUUAGUGUUAUCCCCCCUCCACAUUCUGGCUGCAGCCACUAUAGUCCGUUUAUCUGGCUGGCUGGUUCACUCCCUUACUGUACUUUACACUGACUGAGUCUGUUACUGUCUGUCUGUGUCUUGGUCUGGUUCAACUGUUACUGCAAUACCUCCUACUACUGACUUUUACGAUACUGACUGAUCAAUCAAAUUUCAUCAAUCAAAUAUGGUUAUAAAGCCCUUUUUACAUCAGCAGUUGUCACAAAGUGCUUAUACAGAAAACCAGCCUAAAACCCCAAAGAGCAAGAAAUGCAGAUGUAGAAGCACGGUGGCUAGGAAAACUCAAUCAUAGGACCUACUGAAGAGAUGAGUCUUCAUUAAAGACUUAAAGGUUGAGACCGAGUCUGCGUCUCUCACAUGGAUAGGCAGACCAUUCCAUAAAAAUUUAGCUCUAUAGGAGAAAGCCCUGCCUCGACCUGUUUGCUUAGAAAUUCUAGGAACAAUAAGGAGGCCUGCGUCUUGUGACCAUAGCAUACGUUAAGGUAUGUAUGGCAGGACCAAGUCGGAGAGAUCGUUAGGAGCAAGUCCAUGUAAUGCUUUGUAGGUUAGCAGUAAAAUCUUGAAAUCAGCUCUAGUCUUAACAGGGCUAGCACUGGAGUAAUAUGGCAUUUUUUGGGGGGUUCUAGUCAAGAUUCUAGUGGCCAAACUUUAGCACUAGCUGAAGUUUAUUUAGUUCCUUAUCCAGGUAGCCGGAGAGUAGAGCAUUUCAAUAGUCUAAUCUUGAAGUGACAAAAGAUUGGAUUAGCUUUUCUGCAUAAUCUUUUGACAAAAAGUUUCUUGAUUGUUGCAAUGUUACGAAGAUGUAAAAAAAGCUGCUAUUGAUUAAAAACAAAAAUAUAUUAGUCAAAAGAGAGAUCAGGGUCUAGAGUAACUCCGAGGUCCUUCACAGUUUUAUUUGAGACGACUGUACAACCAUCGAGAUUCACUGUCAGAUCCGACUGUAGAGCUCUUUGUUUCUUGGGACCUAGAACUAGCAUCUCUGUUUUGUCCAAGUUUAAAAAUAGAACAUUUGCCACCAUCCAUUUCCUUAUGUCUGAAACACAAGCUUCCAGGAUAGGCAAUUUUAUGGCUUCACCAUCACAUCGAAAUGUACAACUGUGUGUCGUCUUUAUAGCAGUGAAAGUUGACAUUGUGUUUCCGAAUGACAUCACCAAGAGGUAGCAUAUAUAGUGAAAACAAUAGUGGUCCAGGAAUGGAUCCUUGAAGAACACCACAACUUACCAUUGAGAGACGAACUGAUAUCUUUUUGAUAGAUAAGAUCUAAACCAGGCAGGAACUUGUCCGCGUAGACCGAUUUAGGGUUUUCAAUCUCUCCAAAAGAAUGUGGUGAACGAUGGUGUCGAAAACGGCACUAGGCACGAGGACAGACGCAGAGCCUUGGUCUGACGCCAGAGCCAUGGUCUGACGGUCUGUAUCUUGAUCUGGCUCACUCCCUCACUGAACUGACUGUUAUGGCUGGCACAAUAAUCGUAUAAUCGAAAAUUAUGGGCAAUAAUCAUGAACUAAAAAUUAAUAAUUGUCUUAAUACAUAGGCCAGGGGGUGUACAUGUACAUCAAGCUGCCUCACACUACAGAAACAGGAGAUAGGCUCCUGCCCUAUGAGCCGUUCCGGCUCGUGCAAGGCUAAUUACUUAAUACAUUUUAGGAGGGGUGGGAUUCAACUUUAUUUUCAAGUAGAUAUAGUUUAAAAUUGCAGUUUUUAAUUUUAACAUGAUGGUAAUAUUGGUAAUCAUUUUAUGAACAGAACGGCACGGUCAGGAGAAUCUUCAUUUCCAAAAGGUCCAAGUGGUCAAAACCAUUUAGUUUUUGAGACGAGGGUGUCACCAAGGCUGUGGUGUAUUCAUUAUGUACGUCGUAGAUACUUUUCAAAGAUGCAUUAUGAUAAAAUGUUUUCAACAAAAAUAUCAAUUAGCUAUGACAAUAAAUGUGGUCAUUUCCAUGACAAUUAAUCGUAACCCAAAAUUCCAUAAUCGUCACAGCCCUACUGAAUGUCUGUAUCGUACUCUACCCUCUCUGUCUAUCCUGAAACACCCACCGUAUCAGAGAUGUAAUUACCAGGAAAUUGCAUGUGAUGAGCUGCUGCAUUUUACGGCUUGACUUUUUCCUUCCCUCAACUAGCUGGCCGUAGAUAGCCUAGCCGACUGGAAUAACACUGGCUAUUCCCAAAUCUCUGGCAGAGCCGUGUCUCGUUACGCUGCAUACCCAAAAUAGUGAGAGACACUAUAGCAGCCUCCCAGCCCCUCUACAGUAUCUAUCAGGGCUGACCUCGCUGCUCUACUUUCCCCUGGCCCCUGCUGUGGCCCCUGCUAUGUACAAACUGCAGGUUACAAGGUCCUUCACCAGCACGGCUCAGAUAGCACUACAACAGCAAGGGAUAAAUUAA